GAAAGAUUAUAAGUUUCACCAACUCUGCAUAACAUUUAACCACAGUUUUUUUUUGAUGGCCCCUCCUUAAACAGUCUGAGUUCCUCCCUUCAUUCACAAGGACUUGCAGAACAUCUCCGACACUUUCCUCACAGUGUUUUACGGGUGUGGUGUGUGGGCCAGAGUUUCCUCAGGUAGAUUGUCAGUUGAAUCUCAGUCUGUACGAGUGUCAGACUCACUAACAAGAAAGAGGGGACAGAUAUGGGGUACACAGAAAGAAAUGAGGGUGAGCCUUUGGAAUCUGUGAGCCACAUGGUGACUAAUCUACCUACAGAACAGGUGUGUACAUAUCUACACAUAUAUAUAUGUAGAUAGAUAGGUCUGUGUGUAGAAGGUUAGUGUGUGUGUGUAUAUAAUUAGUUAUAAAUAAAAGGAUGAAGCGUAUGUGGGCAUAUGUUAUGGAAAAGGCAUGUAGAGUUGUCAGCAUGUUAUAUGUCAAUGCAUAUGUACAGUUAUAUGUUGCGUAAAUGUAGGCAACAGAGGAAAAGAGAAUGUUAUUUCUAAACACAUUUUAUCUAUGCAGCAUAUACAUUGUAUAGAUAUGUGCAUUGUAUAAUUUAAUAUAAAAACAAUUAUUGGUUCUUCUGUCGGUUUCUGCUUUUCUGUCUGUUAACAAACAGGUGAGGUAUGACAGACCCAUUAACCUGGACAGGACAGUAACUGAUUUGUUUUUUUAAUAGUUUUUUCAAGUAUUUUUGCUAAUUUAAGUUUAGCAAGCAGGUGGCGCACAAUCACUGUCACUGCUCAUGAUGGCAAAGGAAAACCCUGCAAUAAGAGAUAACCUUAUGUAUUGAAGUAGAUGAAAAAAACAUUUAAAAAGUAAUUCACAAGACUAAAGGAUCACUUAAAACUUCAAGGCCAAAAAAACGUUUGAGAUAAGUAUAAACUAGUGGUUGCUGUUUGGCAUGCACAGAUUGGUAACAUCGUAACUUGGCACUUGCAUACUGAUUUGCUCUCAGUAGGUCACUACUUAUAGUUUCAGGGCAAUCCCCAAGCCAACUGUUUGUCUUACCACAAUGUUAACUGUGGGCCUUAAAAGAAUUGUGCAGGGCAUGUGGUACCUUAAAUGACAAGAGGGGAACAUGUUGGGGCUGUUAUGUACAUAAUGAACUGGGCAGUGACUGAAAUUGAUAGCGGGAUGCUGAUGGAUAUAUGCUCUUACUUAAGAUAAAAUAAUACAAUUAUCUCCAUCUCUCAGUGUAACUGGGUUACUAUGACAUUUAUUAUAUCUAAAAAAAAAAACUAAAAAUAAAAGACAGAGUAGGAAUAAUGAAGUGUAACAAUUCCAAGGGUAAAAGGUAAAGGUACAUUGUUAAAUUAAUUCCAUGAAGAAUGUAAUAAAAGCAUUCUAUGUAUCUAAUUUAGAUAUUAUGGAACUGGAGGGCCCGAGCAUUUUUGUGCCUGAUAAUUACUUAAAUUGAGUAAUAUUUUUAAAUCUUAAUUGCAGAAAAUCCACAACAUUUCUGUGGGCCCAACACAUACCAUAGAAUGUAUAAAUUCUUCUCUUUCCUAUUUUGUGUCUCUGCAUUCUCUUUCUGAUAACAGAUCAAGCAAAUGGACUUGUUUUAUGAAUCUAUAAGUAGAAAUCUAAACCAAAAAGUUGCAGUUUAUUUGAUUUGACAAAAGCUAGUGGUGGCCUAGAGCUGAAGAUUAUUAUUAGGAUAUUCAGAAAAUAGAAAUCACUGAAAGUAUGAUUGGAUACAAAUCAUUUUUUACGUAAAUAGCACCCCUAACAAAUCCCGCAAUGCCACCUGUGAUCUGGCAAAGCUAACCCUAAUAGGAUCCCUCAUGUUGAGUUUCCUGAGUUUUCUUGUACAGUAAAGAGACAGGCACUCUCUAUGCUAAUAAUAGGAAUACUCUAGUAUAAGAGACAGUUUAUCGUCAUAUUGAUCAUACCUCUGCUGCAUUAUAUAAGGAUUCAUAUCUACGGACAUUAACUAUGCUUUACUGUAUAAGCCUUGAGUAAUCACAGAGAAUUCAAAGUAGAAGGCUUCUUGGUGUCCAAAACCAGACUUCUUGGUGUCCAAAACCAUGAAAGCAUCAUUAUACGUGCUUGUGCUAUGAUGAGGGCACUAGGCCAAUGCAGAUAUUGCUUCAGCUGCGCUCUUUGCAUAGUCUGCCCUGAGUGGGGUUGACGGGAAGGCUCAUAUGUGGAAGUCAGACUAAGACAUCUCUACUAUGGGUGUGCCUUAUAAAAGGACCUUAGUUUCUUGAAAGCAUGUAAAAUCUCUCUUUUUAAAAAAAAAAAAAAAUCUUUAUUUUUGUUAAAUGCCGUAGUGACAAAAUAUACAAACAUAUACGUCCAUGAACAUAUUGUAUAAACCGGAAGCGUCACAUCAAAACAUAGGUUAUGCAUUUCUUUUUCUUUUUUUUGAAAGAGAUAUAUACCAAACUAGUAUCGUUUACCAGCAUUUUGUGCAUCUUGAAGCUAACUCCAACUCUGUCAGAAAUGAUCAUAGUGAGCCGAAUCGUCAUUGUUAUCAGCGGUUUUUGCUACAUGUGGUUAUGGGUCGUUUGUGGCUCACAUUAAUCUCACUAAGGCGGCUUCAAGUGUGUUUGUGACAAAGGUGGUUUGUACAAUAUCUUUAUCUACAAUUCCCUAUUACAUUGCUUGCCUGGCAUACAGUGAUAUCAUUAUCUAAUGACCAUGCCCCUGAAGUAGGGGGAAGAACAUAGGACAGAAGAAGAAAGAAAAGAAAGAGCAAGAAAGAAGGGGUGUGGGGGUGGCAAAAUAUCCCUUUUUUGUUAGCCAACAAAGGUAUCACAAAAUGUUAUUCUCAUGCAGUGCCACAUAAUAGAUCAAAUGAUAAAACAAACACCGCGUUAUUUACUAAACACUUGGUUUUGUCUGAAUAGAUAAAAUCUCAUGAAAAUGGCGCAAUACCAACCGGAUUAGCAACGUUCAUAUUUACUAAAGGUAAUUCCAGUCGGAAUUCCGCCAGCCCAAUUUAACCUUUCCCAACCGACUGGAUGCAUGCUUCACGCAUCCAAACACUAUACAAAGUAUAGGAUACAGAAUAUGUACAAAGUACAGAAUUGAAACUAAUGAGGGAUCAAAUGCACAUUUGCCAUUUAUUCUUGACUUAAUUUUGUACAAACAAUAAUUUGAAGUACUAUUUGCCCACUGGCAGUGUUUACAGUCAGAAACAAACAGUGAAAAAAAAAAACCUUGGUAGUGUGAGGGUUAAUCAUGUGGCAACUGGCCAUCAAUAUGACUCCCAUAUUAAGGGAGAUUUUAAACUUACUAACACGUGCAAUACUGUGGAUAGGAACAGUGAAAUGCAAUACUAACGUAACCCCCAGUCCCGACCUGUAGGUGUCCAGGGGGGGAUACUGAUAUAAUAACUGGGGGGGGAAAUCCCACUGUUUCUCCCUAGCCCCCACACAUGAUCAGUGGGCUAUUUACUAAUCAAUGGGGGGGAGUGGGGUAGACAUACCUUCACAUCAGUGGUGUAUUUUGAAAUUUAGGCAUGACAGAUCUUGGGCACCUUCCUGCAAAGGCCACACCUCUUCCUGUUAAUUUGCACACAUUUUGACUGACAGACACACACUCACGGACCAGCACACACUCUCAGAUACACUGACAUACACACACACUCACUGAUUUGACACAAUCUGACACACAUACAAUCAUUUAGACACACACUGACAGAUGCAUACACUCAUUGACAGACGCAUACAUUCACUGUUGGUUGCAGUUACUGACACUUACUGAUAAACAUGCACAAUCAGACACACACAUUCACUGGACACACACUCACACACAUUCACUGAAACACAAACACUCACUAACAGACACACACUCACUGACAGACACACACACACACACACUCAAAUUCACUGACACACACACUCACUCAAAUUCACUGACUCACACACAUUUCCCCCCCAACACUCACAAUUACUAUUAUUUAUUUUUUUACAUUUAAAUCCACCCAGCCUUCCUACUUUUGGGAUAGCUGGUGGAUUUUUCACCUGGGGUCCAGUGGGGAUGCUGGCCAGACAGCUGUUGUCAGCGAGGGAGCUGUGAUCUCUCUGCUCGGCUCCCUCGCAUGCCGCAAAGUGUUUCUGGGAGCUGGACUGACGUAAAAUUCCGGCUCCGGCAUCACUGCGGGUCGCGAGAGGGAGCUGAGCAGAGAGCGCUCAGGGGAAAGUGCUCCCUCGCCGCCUGCCUGGGAAUUAACUGGCCGCCUGCCCCUGGGCCAGCUCUUGGACUAAAAUGAGGCAAGCAAGGCAUUAGCCUGGGCAUUUUUUGCCACCCCCUGGAAAUUGUCACCCCAGGUAAAUGCCUCGUUUGCCUCGCAAUAGAUACAUCGCUGCUUCACAUAUGGAAAAGACAUCAUUACGCCUAAAACACAAAAUAAUAAGAGAAUUGGAUUUUUAUGUCCUCAGGACUCUUGAUUUUUUGGGUUUGGACAGCCAAACCAAUUAAGAAUAAAGACUCAUAGCUGUACAGACUGAUGGGUAUUUGCAUGAAUAUAUGUAAUGCAUACUAUUACACAUCUUCCAAAUAUACAUACAUGCAAACAUAUAAUUACAUUAACAGAGUACAAUUAAUGUAGCUAUAAACUGACAAAUAUCAAGAAUAGCAAACUGUGCAGCAGAACAAGCACUGUUACUAAGUUACUUGGUAUACAGAGAUAUACAGAGAAGCAACAAGUAAGUGCACAAAUACAUGUAACCAUAACACAAAGGUAGUUGAACAGACUGAUAGCAACACUAAAUGGUUUAUUCAUUAAAUAAUUAAUUGUGGUCUUCUGAAAUGCAAGGAGAUGGACUGAAAAUAUACCUGUGAAGUGUUGGGAAUUCAUCAUGGAAUUGCAAAUUCAAGGCCAAAAUAGACAAAUUGGACAUAGCUAACAUUUUACAAUUAAGCUAUUUUGACCUGAAAUUUUCAAUCCAGUGGUGAAUUGCUAACAAUUCGUGGUUUCAUGAAUAACCUUAUUUGGUUGUCAGCUCACUACAGUUCACAGGUUAGUGAAUGCAUUCGUUAUACAAACAUAAAAGUGCACAUGUAUUAACAGAAAUAAAUGUACUAACUACUUUUAAAAUUAAUUAGGUUCCAAGUAGGUUCCUGGUAGAUGACAGUACUAUGUAGGGGAGCUGUUUGUUUAACCCCUUAAGGACACAUGACAUGUGUGACAUGUCAUGAUUCCCUUUUAUUCCAGAAGUUUGGUCCUUAAGGGGUUAAUCUGCCCAAAGGUACAGUGCCCGUUCAUCUCAUCAAUACAUCUUGGUUAAACGGAAGGGCCAAUAAUUAAAUAUGCUUAAAUACUUGAUACUUGACAAAGUUGUGUCCAAGGCCAGUGUGCCCACAGGCCUACAAUAAUUACAUAUGCCAAAGCACUUGAUAGGGCUGCAUGGCUGCAUAUUAUUAUUAUAUUCCAUGUGAAUCCUCAAUGUUACUGAAAAUCAGUCAGUCAGUUGGUUUUAUGCCCUCAUUUGUGUAUAAUUUAUGUGACCUUCUCUGAUAUACUCAAGUCAGAGCCGGGUUAAGGUUGCUGCCUUUGAAGUUAGCGCUGUAUCUUUCUUUUUAUUGUAUAAGGUUGUCCAGGGUCCUAGGCAGGGCACCACAUUGGGUCCUAAGCUCUGUUUUUGUGUGUGGUGUGUGUAGGGGCUGAGUGUUGCAUGUGUGGAAGAGUGUGUAUGUGUGUUUAGUAUUAUAAACAUGUGUAUGUGCCUGAGAAUGUGCGUGUGUGUGUGCAUUUCUGACUAAGUGUGUCUGUGUCUCUGACAUUGUGUACUUGUGUGUGUGUGCGCCAGAGCAUCAUUGUGUGUGAAUGGGUGUCUCUGUGUUGGUAUGCAUGUGUAUGUAUGUGUCUGGGAGCAUAUGUGUGUGGGUAUUUGCUCACUGUGCUGUGAGCUUUUGUUUUUUGUUGUGUUUAUGAUCAGGCUGUGUUUCAUGUGUGGGAGGUGACUGUGUAUGACAAUGACUAUCACCAGGUGGUGACUAUGGUAGGGUGAGGGGCGAAUGUGUGACUAGUGAGGAGUGUGGGUGUGGCAGCAUUUGGGGUGAGUAUGACAGGGUUUGGGGGUAGGUGUGACAGGGUGGGGGAUGAAUAAGACAGUUUGAAGAGAUUGAGUGUGACAAGGUUGACUGUGGCAGGGUAUGUGAGGGAGUGACAGUAUGUGGGGAGGAUGUGUUAAACACAGUCUCCAUACACUGUAUUAUAUUUUUUUAAAUAUAACAUUUGCCCCCAUCCUGCUCACUUCUUGGGCAGGAAGGGGGUGCACAAACACAUUCCCUGGUGGUUCACUGGGCUGCUGGUCCAGCCACAGACCUUCCAGUCCGGUGUUCUAUCCGAUAAGUAUACUUAUCAGAUUUCUAUACGGACAUCACUUCGGUGCUGAUCUCUGGGUAUACAAUUCUGAUGCGUUAUCAGAACAAUGGUGCGGGAUCAGCUGCUCCUCUAAUCUGAAGGUGUACCACGCACCCUUUAGAUAUAGAAAUCUGAUGGGUGCAUUGCAAAUGUGCGUGGUACAUCAAUCAGAUUUCUAUACUACAGCUUUCACUAUGUACUAGUGGAAAUAGUGGAAAUAGCUGAGAUGCAGCAUUAUGGGGGUGACACACUAGGGAUGGGGAGGUUAAUGGGGGUUAUAUACUGGGGAUGGGGGGAUAAUAUUGUGACACACAGGGGAUGGGGGAUUUAUGGGGGUUAAUGGUGUGACAUACAGGGGAUAAGUGGUGACACACUGGGGAUUGGGGGUUAAUGGGAUGACAGGUGUUAGAGGGUGACACACAGGGGAUAGAGGGUUUAAUGGGGGUUAUACACUGGUGAUAGGGGGGUAAAUGGUGUGACACACAAGGAUGGUGGGGGUAAAUUAUGGUGAUCCCCUGACUGUCACUCAACAACCCCACAUCCUCUGUCUGUCACCCCAUUAACCCCCCAAUCCCUAGUGUGUCACCUGUGGUGACAUUUUGUUAAACUGAUAUGGUGACCAGGGGUCAUGCGACCAAGCUCAUGUAUGCCUUACAGUGGUAUAAGCUUUACCCUUUGAUAUGGUAAUUUGGUAAUUCAAUACCUUUACAAGUCAGGAAAGAGAUAACCACUUUUCCCUAUCUCCAUUCCUCCCUGUUCCUUUUUUUUUUGGCUGUGCUUCUGAGAAGACACGUGAGCAGACAUGGACUAAUUUUUAUAAUGGUGAACUGUGAGUGGGAUUUGGUGACUUUAUAAGAUUUGGUUGUUAUUUUAGUAAGUUAGAUUGUUGUUGUUGUUGUCUCUGAAUAAAUAUUUGUUAAAGUAGACGGACCAGAGUUUAUAUGUGUAUGCAUACAUAAUUUAUAGAGUUUGGUAAUAUACCACAGCCCCCUUAACCCCCCAAUCCCUAGUGUGUCACCCCCUAUACCCUAUGUGUCACAAAAUUAACCCCCAUUAACCACCCAUCCACAGUGUAUAACCCCCAUCCCCUGUGUGUCACAACAUUAUCCCCCCCAUCACCAGUAUAUAACCCCAUUAACCUCCCCAUCCCUAGUGUGUCACCCCCAUAAGUCUGCAUCUAAGCUAUUUCCACUGUGUUAGUACACAGUGAAAGCUGAAGUAUAGAAAUCUGAUUGAUGUACAGUGCGCAUGCGCAGUACACCCGUCAGAUUUCUCUAUCUGGAGGGUGUGACGCGCACAUGCACAGUACACCUUCAGAUUAGAGGAGCAGCUGAUCCUGCGUCAUUGGAAGCGACGUCUGUCACAAUUCUAUACCCCAAGAUCAGCAACUCACCGGAAGUGACGUCCGUAUAAAAAUCUGAUAAGUAUACUUAUCUGAUAGAACACCGGCACUCUGCGAUGACCUCAGAGCUUAGGUUGGGAAUUCCACUGCCUGUGCUCUGACUCCCUCACAGAGCACUUCAACUCCUAGAGAGUGCACCACAGACCACAAGGGAAGGAUUUGUUUUUUAGGGCUAUACGGGAGAUCUUUUCUUUAUCAGAGCCAGGGAUUCAGGCUCAGACAGGGGUGCACCUGGCCCCUGUCUAUGCUCAGGCCCUAGGCUGCAGCUUUGGUCUCCUCCAAGUUAUUGGGUAGUGUGUGUGCACAUUAACCUAUUUAAUGCAACAUAAUGCAGGUUAUAGGGGCCUGUUAAUAGUUCAGGACCAUCACAAUAAUGUAUAAACAGUUAAUAAUUUAAUUGCAUUUUUGUUGUUUUAGGUGUUAUAGUAGGGAAUAAACAGGUGGAGUGAGAAUGUAAAUGGCUGCCUACUGGCUGCACAGAAAGGGUAAAUGUUUGAGCGAAAACUGGCAGCAAAGAAAGGGUUCAAGGAAAACUCAAAGAAUCAUAACCAUAGCCUGAUGCCUCCUCUAUUGUAAGUAGUCACCGUUUUAGAAUAAUCAACGCUUUUAAUACUUUAGAAAGAGAAUGGGAAUCUCUCUGAGCUAUUCCCUGACACUUUUGGCAAAUUAACUAAGAGAGUUAAUGGACACUCCAGGGUCUCCCACUCUAGUGGUUAUGGUGCUUGGAGAUUUCCUUUAAUAAUAGCAAAGGGAAAACAAUUAUAUAUAUAUAUAUACAUAUAUAUAUAUAUAUAGAUAUAUAUAUAUAGAUUUAUUUUGUAUUUUUUAUUUAUGUAUUUUAAUUUUGAGCUAGUGUAAUGAAAGGCAGGUAAGGAUUAACCCUAGAGGACAUUGCUGGGAGUUAUAAAGUGAUGUUUUAGCAGAGCUAUGAUUCAGUUGUAUAGUUGAUGUGUAUGCCUAGUUACUUGCUAGAUUGUAUCAAGAUAGAAACAUGGUGUUUGUAAAUAGUGAGUGAUUACACACAAAAACAGCAUAUUGUCCACGGACUUAAAAAGGAUUUCCAUCAAACCCUGCAGGAUUCAAUAGAUUUAAGAGCAACUAAGUAGUCAUGUUACUGUGUGUGCCGAGAAGAAUAAAAUGUUACAAUUGGUAGUUUGGCUAGGUCAUGCUCAGACUGACUAAUAUGAAUGCUAAGUGCUCGUGGCAGAAGGAUUCCUCUGCACACAGUAAUGUUUGUUAGGGAUCAGCUGACAUGAAACUUUCAUAUGUUGACAUCAGUGCAGGGAGAGGGGACCAGGCAUGAGUGGAACAUGUAUUAAUUAUUAUUAUUAUUAUUGCCAUUUAUAUAGCGCCAACAAAUUCCGUAGCACUUUACAAUAUUAUGAGAGGGGGAUGUAACUAUAAAUACGACAAUUACAAGAAAACUUACAGGAACAAUAGGUUGAAGAGGACUCUGCUCAAACGAGCUUACAGUCUAUAGAAUUGAAAGGAAUUCUGGUCCUGGGACAAGUGUUCAAAUACAUUUUGGUGAGAGAUACAUUUAUUUGAAGGAAAAUAAAUUUCUGGAAGUAAUUGAAUUGCUUUACACAGAGAUUAUUAAAUAAGAGAAAGGAUAGAUGGGGAGGAGAUGAAUAAGCUGUCAGUGUAUGUAUUAGUAUGUAUAUGUGAGCAUAUAAUUAUAUAUUAUUUAUUUAUUAUUAUUUAUCUCUGUUAUACAGUUGAAAUCAAAAUUAUUCAACCCCCAUUGAAUAGCAGGUUUAUUGUCAAUAUUUACAGACUUUCAGCUGUUUGCAACAAACACAUUUACCUCUUAACCCCUUAAGGACUGAGCCAAAUGUACUGUGAUCAAAACAAAACGUAAACAAAAUCUGGAAUUUGACUAUAUGUCUGUUCAACCGUAUUUCACCUCUUUUGUUUUAAGUGCACCCACACUUAUUGUAUAUCAUUUUAUUCAGGGGAGAUGGGGCUUUCAUUUUACAUCAAAUAUUUAGGUAUGAAACAUAAUUUGAUAUGAAUAAAAUAUAAAAAAAUGGGAGAAAAUAAGAUUAUUUUUUUAGUUCUACGUGACAUUUUAGCUGUGAAUAUCAUAAUACUGUUUGCUUUUACUACAAUAAAAUACACAUUUUUGUAUUCAGUGAUGUCUCACGUGUAAAACAGUACCCCUUAUGUACAGGUUUUCUGGUGUUUUGGGAAGUUACAGGGUCAAAUAUAGUAGACAAUCCAAGGUAUUGCAAAUGAGGUAUGUCCAGUCUUUUUUAGUAGCCACUUGGUAACAUACACUAGCCAAAGUUAGUGUUAAUAUUUGUUUGUGUGUGAAAAAUGCAAAAAAACUAAGUUGAACGCCAAAUUUGGCAAGUGUUUGUGACUAAGUGGCUACUAAAAAAGACUGGACAUACCCCAUUUGUAAUACCUUGGGUUGUCUACUAUAUUUGACCCUGUAACUUCUCUAAACACCAGAAAACCUGUACAUAAGGGUUGUCUACUAUUGCAAAUGGUAUGCCAUCAUGGGGGUAAUUUUCAUUCCUGGGCUACCAUACGGUCUCAAAGGCAACGUAGCCAUCUGGCGAAUUUCAAUAUCAAGCCUUAUAUUUGACUCUGAAAACUUUUGAAAACACCAUAAAACCUGUACAUGAGGGGUACUGUUAUACUCGGGAGACUUCUCUGAACACAAAUAUUAGUGUUUCAAAACAGUAAAAUGUAUCACAACAAUUAUAUUGUCAGUGUAAGUGCCUUUUGUGUGUGAAAAAUGUCACUUUCACUGAUGAUAUCAUCGUUGUAAUACAUUUUACUGUUUUGAAACACUAAUAUUUGUGUUCAACGAAGUCUUCCAAAUAAAACAGUACCCCCCCCCAUGUACAGGUUUUAUGUUGUCUUGUAAAGUUACAGGGUUAAAUAUAGUGCUAGCAAAUUAAAUUCCCUGGACUUUCAACCUGGGUUGUCAAGCAGGUCCCGCAAAUUGUAAUUAAUAAAACGACCUAAUUAUAUGUAGUAGUAUUAUAUAUAUACACACACAUGUGUGUGUAUAUAUAUAUAUAUAUAUAACAAAAAAUCAGAUUUAGGCACUCACCCUUAAGAAAACUCCUAUGAUUGUUGCCUUUGGUGCUUCCAGCGUCAAAAAUUAUAACCAUAGAUAAAUAGGAGCACUCAAAAGGACUUCUUUGUCGAUAUUUAUUGUUAAAAAAAAAAAGGUUACAUCAAAGUGUAAGACAUCAAAUCGACGUUUCGACCCCUCAGGGUCUUUUUCAAGAUAUAUAUCCAAAAAAUAAAUAAGGCAAGGCACUCCUCCUUCAUGCAGGAAUUAUAUAAAUGCCCAUGUGCAAUCCCGCGUUAUGUAUAUAAGAAAAAGCAGUCCAGGGAGCACACUGGGUCUUGAAGUUAGUGGAACAAAAUUAUUUAAUGUAUCAUAAAAAAUAAAUCAGCUGAGAGGUACACACAAAUCGACGUUUCGACCCUCCUGGGGUCGAUCUUGAUAAAGACCCCAGGAGGGUCGAAACGUCGAUUUGUGUGUACCUCGCUAUCUUGAUACAUUAAAGUUCCAUAACUUCCAGUAUUCUCCUAAUACUAUAUAUAUAUAUAUAUAUAUAUAUAUAUAUAUAUAUAUAUAUAUAUAUAUAUAUAAUUUUUAAAAAUAAUUUGUAUUUAUAUAUAGGUGUGUAUAUAUAUAGUGAUAUAUAUGUAUAUACUUGUGUAUAUAGAUAUAUAUAUUAUUUCUACAUGUAUUUUGAUAUUAAUUUAUAUAUAUAUUUAUAUCAAAAUAUAGUUUGAACGAAAUUACACAUAUAAUUUUUUAAUUUAUUUUUUAUCAUUAUUUUAUUUUAAAUUUUUUUAAUGUAUUUAUAUAUUUAUUUAAUUUAAUUAUAAUUAUAUAUAUAUUUAAGCAAUACCAUUCUGCAUGUAUUUUGAUAUUAAUAUAUAUAUAAUUAUAUAUAUUAAUAUUAAAAUACACAGUGUUUGUGUAUGUGUAUAUAUAUAUAUAUAUAUAUAUAUAUAUAUAUAAUGUAUAUAUUGGUUCAUUUGAAACUGUGUUUUAACUUUUUUUUUACAUUUUACAGGCAGCAGGGGGACUACCUGUAAUUAUAUGCACUCCCCCUGCUGGCACUGCUGUGGACAGCUAUGCCGUCCAUGUGAUCAUGAGGUCCUCGCAAGGACCUCGCGAUCACAUGGCCCAGGAGGGCCAGAACGGCAGCAGGGGGACUCCCUGGGAUGCCAGGUGAGUCCCCCCACCGCAAUCGCCGGCGAUCCGGGUAAGUACACAGGACGGCGGGGAUGUGCUAUGCCGCCCGCCGGUGUUUAGAGCCGGGUACCCAAGGACGGCAUAGCACGCCCGCCGUCCUUAAGCAACUGUACACGUUGUGAUCAAAACAAAACGUUAACAAAACCUGGAACUUGCACUAUAUAUCUGUUUAACCGUAAUUCACCUCCUCCAUACUAAGUGCACCCACACUUAUUAUAUAUCACUUUGUUCACAAUGUUUUAGUAAAGAGAAACAAGCUUGUUAACUGGGUUAAACAGAUAGCAGAAUACACCACCCUAAACAGCUCCACGGACACAGUAGAAACAUCCUACUUAGUUAGUAGCAUAGUUAAGAAAAGAAAACAUGUGCUGUUAUCUGAAGUAUGCCUACAGAGAUUUUAGGGUAGAUACUACAAAUAUUUGUAAGUUUAACUAUGCAUUUUACACCAAGAGUCAAUAGCUUGGGAGGUUUCAUGCAGCCGGACACUCUUAAUGAUGGUCAACCUAUGCCCAUUGCAGGGAGAUCCGAGUCCCAUGUUGCCUGUGUCUUCAGACUCAGAGCCUGAGAUGUUAACAGGAGAUCCUGCAUCUGCAGUUGCCUUCCCUCUACCUCUCCAUCCCCCCGCUCAUCUUUCAUGCCGAUUCUGAAGUUUAUUGGAUGCGGGGCUGGACGGUAUUUUACCCUCCUCACGAUGCACCUCUGGUGUUGGAGGCCUCUAGUGGAAGCAGCAGGACGUCUCGGGGUGCGACGGGUCAUUUUGAGAGAAGCUUCCACAAUCUCAGGUAGGGUCUGUCUGUGCUGCAGUGUUCUCCAAAAAGCCUCCAAACGCUGGAGUAUUGGGAGCGCUACAUCUCCGGGGAUAGUGCUACUCGUGGCAUCCGCCAUUUUGCAUGUAUCUCCGAUGGCUUGCAGGCAGUAAUCACACUACUGCAGCUCUCUGAUGGGCCCUGGGAGCUGUCAGGUUGGGGACUGGGAUCACCCCACCAGUCCAAAAGGGGGGGUUAGCGGGGUGUCAAGUGCUUAGUUGGAGCUUCGCCUGCGACGGACUGGGAUAUCAGCUGCAUCUCCCUCCCACGCCGCCUCCUGAGCCACACUGGUUCUCGGCAUCUGAAUCAGCAUAGAAGACCGCUGGGUGCACCCCCAGAACAGUCAGUCGGUUUGUGUAGUCAAGAUUCUAUAGCAAGUUGCAUAAUUUUAGCUUUAUCAGCUUUAAAAUUAGUUUUGCUCCUCACCUACCCAAACGAACUGUCAAACAUGAAAUCUUAAAAACUGAAUAAGCUUGCAAUGUAUAUAUGACAAAGAAACGUUGUAUCCCCCUACCCUCUCUUAAUUAUGUACCCUAAAACCAAAUGCAAAAGAAAAAUGACAAAAAUAAAGAAUAAUAAAAAAAAAAAUUAGUUUUGCUCAGUAUUUCUCGAGGAGAACGCAUGAGACACAUCCAGUCGCCAUGAUAGUCGGGCCUUACCUCCAGGGCUUUCAUUUUAUAUGAAAUAUUUAUAUAUGAAACAUAAUCUUAUAUGAAUAAAAUUUAAAAAAAAAAUUGAGAAAUUAAGAAAUUUUAUUUUUUAAUUUCUGCAUGACAUUUCAACUGUGAAUGUCAUAAAACUGUUAGCUUUUACUAUAAUAAAAUACACAUAUUUGUGUUCAGGGGUGUCUAACGAGUACAACAGUAACCCCCAUGUACAGGUUUCAUGGGGGUUGGGAAAGUUACUGGACCAAAUAUAAAACUUGCCCAUUUCUGUUUUUGCCCACUGAAAUUUGCCAGAUUGGUUAUGCUGCCUUUGAGAGCGUAUGGCAGCCCAGGAAUGAGAAUUAACCCCAUCAUGGCAUACCAUUUGAAAAGUAGACAACCCAGGGAAUUCAAAUUUCAAUUUGUACUGAUGAUAUCAUCGUUGUGAUACAUUUUACUGUUUGAAACACUCAUAUUUGUGUUCAGUGAAGUCUCCCAAGUGCAACAGUACCCCCCAUUUACAGGUUUUAGGGUGUUUUGGAAAGUUACAGGGUUAAAUAUAGGGCUUACAAAUUAAAUUGUCUGGACUUUCUGCAUGGGCAGUCAGGCAGGUCCCUGAAAUUGUAAUUAAUAAAAUCACUUAUGUUAAAAUAUUACAUAAAUAUAUACGUAAAAUUUGAAUAUAUAUUUAUAUAUAUUUAAAUUUUACGUGUAUGUUUAUGUAAUCUUUUAACAUAAUAAAGGAAUUUUACUAAUGGAUUUUACUACUGUGGAUAACGACUAUUUUAAUGUAGUCGGUGGCCGUUACAUUACUGGUGGUGAAUUCCCUUGGACGUAAGAAUCCAUAAAAAGCUAGAUAUAUGGCAUAUUGGUUAUAUGUUCGAACAGAGCUGUAUCUAACAAUGAUUUGGAAUAUUUUAUUGUGGAUGGGUAGUCUUUUAGAGGGUAGAUGUGUGUCUGAUUUUUGGAUUCCCUUUAUCAAAGUUUUUAUCUGGUAUGAUGAAAGGAAUCCUGUUUCAUUAGGGUGUUGUAAUAGCAUGUGGUGUUCAAUAUAAUUUUUUUUCACAGUGCUGUGGUUAGUUUUUUUCUGGGGAAAGAGUAGGGAUCUGUCUGGAUGAGGGAAAGAGAGAAGAUAAUCAAGAAGGAACAAAAAGAACACAAAUUAGUUAGAAGUGUGGUGCAGUAGAGAGGGAGGGGAUAUGUAAGAGGAGGGUACAAGAGCAGGAUAGAUGGUAGGUCGGUGCGUGCGGGUCCCCCCGCCUCGCCUCAGCCAGUGUCGUCCUCCCCAUUUCCAGUCCUUGUUUGAGCACCGCUCUGCAUGCUUGUCGCUUUGGUUUAAGAGCUGUAUGGAUUUCCGCUGACUUAGUAGCCAUUGAUCAGUUGUUGGGGGAUUCGUUUGUGAGGGCAGGCACCAGUGAUUUGGCGGCGUUGACCAGGUGUUGCAGGAUCUAUUUUUUUAUAUUGUGAGAUGUGCAGUUUAUUUGAAUGUAGGAGCAAAUUUGCAAUGCCAAAGUCCGGUACAUCCCACAAGAUUUCCGCCAUUAUGUUUUUGACCUUGUUCCAAUAUGGUGACAUUUUAGGACAAUCCCACCAGAUAUGUCGUAUGGAUCCUACCCCUGUGUUGCACUUCCAACAAGUGUCAGGUACUGUUGGGAAUAUCAUGUGGAGAAGGGCAGAGGUGCGGUACCAUUGUGAGAUUUAUAGUUGACCUCUUGAUAUUUAGAGCUAAUCGAGCUUUUAUGUUGUAUAAUGAGGAUUUUCUCCCAUUGAGCAUCAGAGAUGGUUUGAGAUGUUAACUCUUCCCAUUGUCUUUUAAAGGAGAGAGCUAUUUGUUGCCACAGAUGGCUACAAAGCCAGUAUUGGCUGCAGCGUCUGUCCAGAGUGUAGGAGAAUUGUUGAAAAUUGGGGGGUGAACAUGGCUUGCCCAUUUCAUGAUGUGAGAAAAGUGCGCCACAUAAGUAAGUCAGCCAUCGUGUGUUUCUAACGUGAUGCGUGAUUCAUCUGAGGGGAAGUCCGGGAACAAAGAAAGUAGACGGGUAAUGAAUGAUCUACUCUGGGGAAUAAUCCUCAUGGCAAAAUUGAGCGACCCAAGCAGAGAUUGAAGUUCUUUCCGGUUACAAGAACCUAGCUGUAAGUAAAGCUCAAUGCUCGAUAAGGUGUGCUCAAUCUUAUCGUGGCAAAGACUGGCCUCCAUGUGAACCUAGUCCAGUUGAAACCCCAGAAAAUGUAUAACCGUGUCAGGACCUUUUGUUUUUUAGGGGAGACCGGUAUACCCAGGGAUUCAAAGAGAGCCAUCAUUUAUUUGAGGUUCCCACAAGUUCCUGCAUUAAAAUUAUUACAUAUCUGGGACUUGCCCAGGAUUACAAUGUCCCUACCCAGCUUAUCCUUCGAACCUUUGGUUGAUCUUGCCGAGUUAGGGACUGAGUGGCCCUGCUCAACUUCUGUCGUAUUAGGGCAUAGGUUGGUAGAGUGUGCAGUGGAUGCACAAACUGCACAAGCCGGAGUCCUGAGGCCUGCAAAAUGCCUGCACAAUAACUCAGUAUGCCAAUCUACUCCAAUUUAUGCUGUAGUUAAACUGAGUCAGAGCUGCAGCCAUCUUUGCAGAAAAGAAACAGUGGUAGUCAAAGAAGGCUGUACGACCGUAUUUGUGCCCCAGAUCCAGCUUGUGCAUAUAUCCAACUCUUCCCAUUUCUCAAGAUAAACUGAGCAAUAUACAUCCCUAUUAAUCCCAAAACUUAACACAAAUUCAGGUAUAGACAAUUUUUUAUUCAGCCUAGGAUCUCUUGCCCUCAGCACCAGUGAUAUGUCCCCAUACACAUAUGUCCUGUUAGAAGACAUUAACGAGGUUAUCAUAGCAUGAACAUCCAGCAUCUGGGACCAACUAGGCCCUUCCCCUGCAUCCGAGUUAUCGGUCUUAGAGAAGAUGGACUAAUUACAUCUGCUCCGUUGGCAGGGGUACAGGAUCUAGCUGGGGUGCUAGGAAGGGACAGUUCUUCCAGUACUUCAGGAACUUGAGACAUACUGAAAUUAUAUAUAUAUAUAUAUAUAUUUACCAUAAGUGAGACAACGUAGCCUGGUACUGGCUGGCUAGCUAAGGCCAAAGUGGCAAAAAAAUUAUACUACCACAGAGUGACAGGUGAGGCCCUGCUGGUCGCCAAGCGGCUUGAGAUGCGCUAACUAAGUGUUGGCCCGAGGGGAUUUAAGGCCACCGAACAUUGUGGCGGGGUGCUGGCUUCUCGGUGACAAUUAAAGCAGAAGAUAGUAUGGGUGCGACAUGUGAGGCCCUCUCUAUGCAACCAUGUGAGGUGAAUAACUAUGCUUUGGACCGAUGGGCAUAUACCUCCAAGUAUGAGGAUUGGUGAUGGCCUCGCAGGACCACUAGCCUAUGGCAUAAAGGCCAGAAACAUAAACUAUUUGGACAACCUAAUAGAUAUUAAUACCGCACUCUGACGCACGAAAAAAUGUGUCGAAUAGAGACAAAAAGUAUCUGAAUUAUGCAAAAUUUCAUCUGUAAAUAUUUUUCCAGAAAUUCAAAAUCAUAUAUCAAAACUGAAAAUUAUGCUAGCUUUAGUGUACUAAUAAUCUUAAUUUUAAUAAUGAAAGGAGGCAAGUUUAUUUAUAAUCUCUUUACUAACUCCACACAGCAGCAAAGAAACACACAGAAAAAAAGAACCAAUCACAAAAGAGUAGGAUGUACAUAAGGAAUAGUGACCUCAUCAUUUCCUCUUUCAGAAAGCGACAUCAAGCGGAAGUAAACAUAUAACAAGCAAUAACAAUAACUCCCAAGUCCAGAGAAUUCCAUACGAAAAACAAAAAAGUGUUCAGGGACGAAUCAAAUCCAAAGGAUUAAAAUUCCAGAGUGUCACCCGAACAACCAAAUGUCUUCAGAGACGAAUCAUACUGAAAAGAGAAUGUGUGACAGGUUUAGAAACAAAGUCUGUAAAUCCAAGUAACGUACCGUAUACAUCAUCCCAUAGGAGAAUAUUGUAAACUACAAUCUGAUAACUAUAGUGUAAAACUCCACUGAAAAUUCCAGAGACCCAGGACAUACUUGAAAACGAGAGAAAUCUCAAUGUAUCUUUCCUGGUAAAAUAUUUUAUAAAUAAAUUAAUGGAAAUACAAUCAUCGAUGUAAGCAUAAAACAUGAGAGCCAAACCCACCUUAGACCCAUGAUACAUACAAAGAAAACAAACAGAAAGGGUGGGUAGCGAAGCAGGGAGGGAAAAUACUCACCUCCUGUCCUUAUUAAAAUUAAGAUUAUUAGUACACUAACGCUAGCAUAAUCUUAAAUUUUGCAACACGACAGGAGGCUUUGCAUUUUGCAUUUUUAAACACUGAGAAAAGAAUAUAAAACUAAAGAAGAAUCCUAAAGUGCGCCAAGAGGCCCAGCACGUCGGAGCUAAGGGAGAGAACUCUCCGUCGAAUGCCCGCACAUCCGAUACCUGAUGGAAAACCACACCAGACCAAGCCUGGAAGUCUGUCAGCAGAAUGUCUAGUCCCAUAGAGAAAAUGGAGAACGACCUCCACAUCCCAUAAGCCAGAGGUGGAUGCCACUGGGUAGUUGGUACACAAGAGGAUCCCAGUCCGUCGGGAGUCCUCAGGCCGGAACUCGGGCCGUUGAUCCGUCCCAAUCAACAAAUAAGGGAUCAAGAUACAGUUCCAUACACCAGUCAGGCCGGGAACAUCCAGAUGGAGAGGUAGCAAUGUCACAUCCCUGGGUCCCAAGAGACUCCCAAGAGCAAGGUUAAUGCUGUCACAGUGGGACAGUCAAGGUGUUGCUAUACGCCGAACAACAAGAUGGAGAAUUUUCGCAAACCUUGCAAGUAGUGAAAGCAUUUGUCCCUCGGGGAGGCCCGGUCAGCCGGAGCGCGAUCACCAUCGUGCACUGUCGUACACUGUGCCAAGUGAAAACACCAAAUUCAGUCAUUCAAAUUACAUGUGUCUCCCCCAGGAGACGGGCUGAUCUCGGGGUUCUGCCAGGAAGGCAGGAGUCGAAGAAGUCUUUCAUGCUGUCCGAUAGAAGACGGGAGUUGGUUCCAUCCAGGCGGGUGGUAUACCUGACCGUCAAAGUUUUGGCCAUUCGUAGUAGGAUGCAACAGACUUAGUACUUCUUUACAAAUCUACGGAUAGUGAAGUAUUGCACUAAGAAUUCUAGGUAUGCAACGUGAAGGGUCACGGUGGUGCCGUGGAGGACCGUGUGAAUAUUCACAAGGCGUGGAAUCGCUUACGAAUCUUACAAGCGGAUCAUCCCCUACAAAACAUGAAGAUUCCAGUCAGACCUCGGAGAAUCGUGGGUGUUGACCAGUCUUCAGUUCCCUGAAUCGAUCUGAGGGAGAUCGUCCAGGAAGAUAAUGCCUUGCCUACCCCACACAUAACUAAUCACUGGUUUUGGUAGUUUAUCGAGGCCCUCAAGGAUCCAAGUUGAGGGAGCAUGGGAAGAGCCGAUGCCUGGACGUGUCACAGGGAACCUAGAUAAUGUCGCCAAGAGAGAUGGAAAAAACUGGAUCUGAAGCCAUAACGUGUCUUCAGAUCCAGUAUCGCAAGCCAGUUGACUACAUGAAAGGGGUCCUAACUAGGUUUGAAUGCCUUCCACGUAGAUGCGAUCGAAUGUCCUGUGGAUGUAGUAGGAAGUAAAUCGAUAGUACCCUAGGGGCGUAUCCCUGAGGAAAACGGUACCUAGCGCAUCUGUGCGUUCCGUGUUCUCUGUCCGAUCAUCUGGAGCACCAGAGGAUGACUCUCGCUCUACAAUAGAGUCAGCGACAGCAGGGUACCGGGUCAGAUGUCCCAAAGUGGUUGUCGACAAGCUCCGCUGUCAACCGGUCCCAAAGAGCACCCUGGAGGUUUGGGCCCUGAUGGAAUUGGUGUGCCUUGUGCCUGGGGUUCCAAUGAUCUGCCAACCAUCCGUCAGCACGGAGGAGUGCUGCUAUGCGCGUCCCACAGGAGAGGCGAACACUGGGGUUUCUGACCAAAAGCGGGUAUAUCUCUUUAAACCAUUUGUCCUGGUCAGUAGCAAUUGCAAUUGCUUGACACCGUACAGUAAGACAAAGUAGAAACUCAGUCAGGGGUUAACCCCAGGUGUACAGCAGUACAGGAUGUGAACGCUAGAGCAUGUCCCCAUCCUGACAUAGAGCACUGAACCAUGCUCUAACAGCUAGUCUGGUGAUAUCCCUUUAAACAUCCCGUAGCUGAAGUAAUUCCACAAAACGCGUACUUAUACAGCACAGUCCUGCACUCAACCAUGCACCAAUAGCUAGUCUGAGAUCAAGGGUGAUAUCCCUGCAGAACAUCCCAUAACAGGAGUAAAUCCGCAAACCCCUUAAGGACACAUGACAUGUGUGACAUGUCAUGAUUCCCUUUUAUUCCAGAGGUUUGGUCCUUAAGGGGUUAAACCACAAUACAAUAAUACACCAUAAACAGUGCAACAUAGAACAGCUUAGGGUACUUACCUGUGCCUGGAUUCAAACCUGGGACCCUGGGAUCCAACUUACCUGUGCCUGGAUUCAAACCUGGGAUCCAACGCCUGUGUCAGAGCAGCCUGAGCUGUGAGUGUAGCUAAUGUUCAGCAGGCCGUAUAAGCUACUCCCAGGUGCCGAAAUCGCGGUGCGCGGGUGUAGCAAGAUGGCUCCGCAGUUCGUGGGUGAAGGAAGAUGGCCACCCGCAAUCUCGCAAGAUGCUAGACUAAAGAUGGCCGCCACGUCUCGAUCAGGCUAAAUUCAUGGUCACCCAACACACUGCACAAGCACAAAAGGUAAUGGAUGCUUAGGUAAGCAUCAAACACAUUACAGGGUGAAAAAUGAUAUGUGCAAUCAUAAAAGGUGAGGGGCAGUGAGUCCGGACGGCACCAACUGGAGAGCGCGGCGCGGCUGUGGGGGGGGGGGAGAGGCUGCGGUCAUGUCAGGAUUUACUGGAGAGCCAGAAGGAAGGGGGACAAUGCCUGGGGGCCGGCGGGAACUGCGGGAGGGUAGGGAAUAAGCCCCAGCAAGGCCCAGAACCUCCAUGAGACCCUGGAAAGUAGAAAUAAAACAGGGGAGAGAGCCAAGCACCCUGAGUAGAGUAAAGGAAAAUCAGAAAGAAGACACCUAGAUGCCCAAGGCAAAGAAGCACAGUAAAACAAACAGUAAUACCUAUUACAUACAAUCCCAAACAGUCCCAAAAGGCAAUAUAAAUACAGAGUAAUGGAGAAAAGUAAUACUUGUCUGCUUGAUGGAGCAGCAAAGAAAGAGGAAAUGAUGAGGUCACUAUGCCUUAUGUACAUUCUACUCUCUUGUGAUUGGUUAUUUUUUCUAUGUGUUUAUUUGCUGCUGUGUGGAGCUAGUAAAGAGAGAUUAUGCAAAGCACGAAGCCUCCUGUCAUGUUGUAAAAUUGUCACAUACAGAAUGGUUCAAAACCGCAAAAGACCUCAACAUGUAGUACAACCUUUGCUUUUAACCAAAAUUCAUCUUAUGUGCACAUCUCACAUGUAUGUAUCUGCAACAUUGUUAAUAACAAUUUAGAAGCCUGGUGGGUCCACCAAUUCACAAUAUGCUAUUAGAUAGCCAAAAUCCACUCUCUCAUUGGAGUUAAUAAAUGCCUAGCAGUCAGAUCAGACGAAAAAUCUAUUAACAAAACAGCAAAAAAUAAAAUAAUAAAUAAAUAAAUAUAUAUAUAUAUAUAUAUAUGUCAAAAAAUAUCUUGGAUAAGUAAAAAAAAAAAUGAAAAAUGUCUAACAGUCUCUCAGUGGAAAAAAAAAAGGAUUUAGAAUGUACAAAAAUGGUUAAAUCUCACCAAAGAACGUUCAAGACCAGAUUGCUACAGACCGGACAAAGACUGUGAGACCGGUACCUUCCAUUUAUAGACUGUUUGCUACCAUCUACAGAGGAGAUAAAUAACUACCAGCUACAGAUGAAAGAAAUAGCUACCACAUUCUCAAUUUCAGCGAAAGAUUGGACUUAUCUACACAUUGAAAAUCCAGCAAUUUGAAAGUUAUACAUUUUUGGUCUGAUCAGACCUGACUUGAACUUUAUAGAAAAUAUCUGGUGGGAUUUGAAAAAGGCUGUUGCAGCACCCAAUAAUAUUACUGAACUGGAGGCCAUUGCUCAUGAGUAGUGAUGUCCCGAACGGUUUCACGAACGGUUCGCCGCGGACUCAUCAUUGAGUAAACUUUGACCCUGUACCUCACAGUCAGCAGACACAUUCCAGCCAAUCAGCAGCAGACCCUCCCUCCCAGACCCUCCCACCUCCUGGACAGCUCACUAAGAAUGCAGCUUCACAAUGAAUGUAAAAUGGAUGCUGUCCAGGAGGUGGGAGGGUCUGGGAGGGAGGGUCUGCUGCUGAUUGGCUGGAAUGUGUCUGCUGACUGUGAGGUACAGGGUCAAAGUUUACUCAAUGAUGAGUCCGCUGCGAACCGCUCAUGGCGAACCGUUCGGGACAUCACUACUCAUGAGCAAUGGGCUAAGAUUCCUCAGGAACGCUGCGAUAAGCUGGUGUCUGGCUAUGCAUCUCGUUUGCAGUAGGUCAUAACAGCAAAAGGGUGCUUUACUGUGUGCUAAAGAUGCUUUCCAUGAAGGGACUGAAUAAUUUUAAGACUGGAGAAGUCAUUAUAAGUUGCAUUUUUUAGUUACAUUUUAGGAAACCUCUUAAAACAUUGGUUGAGUUGAAAGAAGAAAUUGGAUUUCUAGUGCUUGUGCAAUGGCUGCUUGGACUUCUCAAACCAGAGUCUUUUCAUUCUGGCUGUAGAUAAAUGUGAAAAAGUGAUGUAGGGAAGCAGCGCCUUCAGUAAUGUCUUAAAACCCAAUUGAAUAUAGAGUGAACAAAAUCUAGUGCAGUAUUUAAAUUGCUGGUGAUAUUAGAUGAAAAGUCAGCUCCAAACGUAUUCGCUUGGACGGUAUAGUUCCUGGUCCUCUGUUAGGAGAUAUCCUCAGGCCUGAGGCCAGGUGGUCAGCUACUACCAGUUGCUGGGAUGUUUUAUUUCAGUGUUUGAGCUAUUUCAAUUGCUUUGGUUUGAUUUUUCAUUGCAAACAGCUGAAAGUCUGUAUUGUUUUUUUAUUUUUUGACAAUCAACCUGAUUUUGUAUGGGGGUUGAAUAAUUUUCAUUACAACUGUAUGCACUAGGUAGAAGGCUAGUUUAUGAACCAAAGUGAGCUUAGUACAAUCUGGAUAUAACAUCCAGACUCUACUAAUCAAAUGAGCGGAGCGCUAAAGGUAUAAACUUUCCCUAAAAUAGGGUUAAAUCUCAGAUGUAUAUCAGUACAUAUAAAGGAAACAAAAAAUAAAACACAAUAUAGUGUAAAUCCACAGGUGGUAAUGUAUUUUGGUGAUAAUUCAAGUAGUCAAACUCACAUUGAUCAGAGCCUCAAAGGGACAGGCUCAAAUCACUGCACAGUAGUGUCGUAUGGAGACACUGCACCCUUUUGCCUGGAAUGGAUUUCCUCAAAGGAGAGAGAAAGGGAGACUUCCUAGUGUAUUAAGUUUCAACAAAAAAAUAAAAAACACAGUGGUUAUGGUUGUGCUCACCUUUUCCUGAGCCAAUGAGAACCUGGCUCUGGAUGAUAGACCUGGGUACCUCUAGAAGGGGGCACCUGCCCUUUUUUAGCAGCAAGAUGAAGUUAGAAGCUGAUGGGAAUUGGUCAGAGCCUUAAAGGGACAGGCUCAAACCACUUGCACAGUGGUGUCGUAUGGAGACACUGCACCCUUUUGCUUGGAAUGGAUUUCCUCAAAGGAGAGAGAAAGGGAGACUUCCUAGUGUAUUACGUUUCAACCAAAAGAAAAAAAACACAGUGGUUAUGGUUGUGCUCAUCUUUUCCUGAGCCAAUGAGAACCUGGCUCUGGAUGAUAGACCUGGGUACCUCUAGAGGGGGGCACCUGCCCUUCUUUAGCAGCAAGAUGAAGUUAGAAGCUGAUUUAAAUAUGCCGGUUUCUUCAUCCAGUGGGCGGUCCUCCCAUCCCAUCCUCCAAUCCGGAUUUAGCUUAUUGUGAGGUCAAUUUCCUCACCUUCCUUUCAUCAGGGUGAUCAGGAUCACUUCCACUCUCACUGCAGCCAUCUAGCUUGUGGGCACAUACCCUCAAGCAAAAAAAAAAAAAAAGUGGCAGAAUAGGUUGGUUUGCCAACACCCAUCACCCUAAGUUAAAUACAUACAUAUUCCACCCUUUUAAAUUGUGCUCAGCACAUAAUAGAGAAAAUGAAUAAAACAGAGAAAAGAGGAAGGAAAAAACACACAUUGGUACAUAUUAGUAUCUUCUCAUACAGUUUCAUACUUGUUCUUAACAGUAUCUAUAGUAAAUACAUAUAUUGCAGAAUGGAUUUCUUCCCUAUUCAUUGUAUAUUGAUUUCAUUAAUCUUUGUCAAUUAAAAGUUAAAGUGAUAUAAUCAAUAAAAAAUAAUUACAUUUGUUUCUGUUACAGUUUCUGUAAAUUUUAUGAAAAAUGGAUAUAAAAUUAAUAUAAAGGCAAUCUUCUUAUAUUACUUAAAUUAUUAACAUUCUUAAUAUCGUCAAUACUCAAUGUGCAGAAAAGUGCAUAUAUUUCAUGAUCAAUAUUCAUUUCCAGUUUUUGUACUAGGGAUGAAAUCACUCCGCUAAGUGUGUAGUUAAUUUCCAAUAUUUCUAAUUAAAAUUUAGUAUUUAGAAGUUUAAAAAAGUAAAAAGAAUAAUUUCUUAAAGGGACAGAUAGGAGAGUAAUUUUUAGAUAAAAUGGCAUAUCUCAAAGUCAUUAUUGAGGCCACCUGGAAUUAGUUAAAAAUCCAUUUCAUCUCUACCUGUCCCAUUUUUUAAAUAAGAUCGUCCCCUCUCCAGGCUAGUUUAUGAUGCUCAAUUGUGGAAUUGUAUUUCUGGGUACCUCUGAAUAUAAGCAUGGGUGUCUGUGUUAGUAUUAGUGUAUUUCCAUUUGCAAAUGGGUGUGUAUGGGUGUGUGCACAUUUGUGUACGCCUGUAAAAAGUAAUUGAAAAAUGCAUAGCGUAUAAGGCAUUAGCAAACACAAAAAUGUGUUAAUGAUUGUGUUUGUGGGUAAGAUGUUAUCAGCACAGCAUGGGUAACUUCUUGUUCCUGGAUGUUCCUGUUAGCCACCUGUUACUUGUAUGUUUUGUUUAAAUAUUAUACAGCACUGUGGAUUAUGUUGCCACUUGGUAAAAUAAUAGUGAUAAUGUUUAUGUAUGUCUUUGUGUGUGGGUAUGUGCCAUUUGGCAUGAAUGUAGCUGAGUAACUCCAUCCUAAAACUGUCACCUUUCAAAACAAGAUUGUCAUUCUAAAGAAAUGUCGAACCUUGGGACAAAAUAAAUGAAGACAAUAUUUGAAUAUAUUACACUCCUGUACACUGCAGCAUACACAAUUGAUACCUGAGAUGCCUUCUACUUAAUCAAGCAUGCCUACAUCAGACACCUUGGAGUAUUUUAUGUAAUUAACCUCUGAAAUAUAUGAUGUUUUUAGAUUGUCCAUGAAAAGUAAUGUGUAAUGAAAUGUUUCUUUUGUCUAUUGUCUAAUACUUUUUAUACUGUAUUGUGUGUCGAGAGCCAGCACUAACCAACCUCCUCUCCUGCAGCGUAUCUUCCUCACUGGGCAGUUGUUAUCCCUGCUGUUUGCCUUCCUGUUUCGCUGGUAUGUGUCUCCAGCAACAUGUGGUCCAAACCUCAGACACGGUGUUGCCUUUCUGCUGGGCAUCUGUCUAUCCCUCUACUGUUUUGGCUGGUGAGAUACAAUGAAGAACACUGCUAUUCUUUAACUGAACACUAGGCACCAAGUAAGUGCCAGAGUGGCACACUCAUGCAUGAUAUUGUACAGUGUCCCAACUUUAUAACUACAACUGUUCCCUUCCUAAAUGGCAGCACUAUGCAGUCAAUUUGUCAGUGGUUUCUAUAAGCUUCAUGAGUGUAAUGCAAAUGUAUAAUUUUAUAAUUAUUAUUACCACUGCUGAUGUUAAUAACAAUGUUAUUAGUUGUUUUAUGAUAUCUUAUUAUGCAAUUAUCCAUUUGAUACUAAGUGGCACAGUUUCAGAUAAAAGUAGCAAUUUUACUGACUAUCUGCAUGUCUUUAUUACACUACUUAUAUUUGAUUGGUUCUGUACAGGUGGAUUUACAUUAUAGCAUUAUUAGUAAUAAAGGUUACAUUUUAAAUAUAUCUACAUCUACCAAUAUCUUCCAAUUUCAAUUAAUGUACAAAUUAAAGGUCUAUCCCCCAAUUUUGGGAUGAGUACAGAGUAAGAAAUACAAGCACUUUAAGCAGCCAUGAAUUGUCCAAUUGUUUUAUGAUAACUAAAAAUAAACAUCAUCAACACUAUAUUUAGCCACAGAAAACCACAAUUUACCCAAAUACGUAAUCAAUAGAGUUUUUAUAUAACUUUUUGUGUGUAAUCAGAAGCCGUUUCUCUAUUAAACUCAUAUUGAAUUGCCCACUUUUCUCCCACUGUAUGUCUUUGAAUAUCAUAUCCAAAUCUUAGUGCUAAUGAAUGCUUGUUUUUGAAAAAUCCAAUAAAUUGGAUUACCAAAUCAGGUUUAAAGGAACACUAUAGUGUUAGGAAUUGCAGUCAAAAGCUGAAUUUACUUACCUUUUCUCCCUCGCCGUGCCGGUCUUGCCACUCCUGACCCAGCCUCCGUGACUGAGAACAUCAGUCUUUAUGAUCUCAGCUAAUCCAAUGCUUUUCUAUAGGAAAGCAUUGGGAGGCUACCGUACAUGCCCUGCAAACGCUGCACUGCGCCAAUCAGCAUAUGCUCAUAGAGAUGCCUUGAAUCAAUGCAUCUCUUUGGGGAAUGUUCAACGCUUCCUUGCAAAGUGAAGAGACGCUGAAUGUAGGUGCAACGCUAAGAUAGCAAGCAAAUUUAGUGGCCUUCUGAGUGACGGCCACUAGAGUUGUUACUAGGCAACAAAAACAAGACAGGGUGUACAUAAAAAAGCUUGCAGGGACAGACUAUAGACAUCAGAACAACUACAUUAAGCUGUAGUGGUUCUGGUGACUAUAGAGUCCCUUUAACCCCUUAAGGACACAUGACAUGUGUGACAUGUCAUGAUUCCCUUUUAUUCCAGAAGUUUGGUCCUUAAGGGGUUAAGCAAGCUUUGUUGUUGAAAAUCUUGCACAUUCUGAUAACGGAUAAUAUUUUUUUACUUCUCCAUUGUUGUACUGGUUGUUGUGCCCCACCCUUAGUUGUGCCCCACACUCACAUGCUUUCCUCUAUUUUUAUCAGGCUUUCCUUAUUUCUGAUAGGCGAGGUGGUCCUUGGGUAUCUCUUACUUAUUAUUGCUGACCCAAGAAGAGUUCAUGUGUAAGUCUAAAAGAAGAAUUAUUAUAUUUUUAGAUAUUGUACCCCUGACCCAUAAUAUUGAUACCUAAUGCUGAUCUCCACAGGUUCACGUUGCUGAUGAGCAUGACAUAUCUAACAGUUUUCCACAUCAGAAGAUAUUUAUACCCAACAGAUGAAGAGCUGGACUUCACUGUGUAAGAAAGGCUGGAAAAAAUUAGUUGCAUGUUUAUAUGGACAGUGCAAUUAACUUUAAAAAUGUUGAUAUUAAAAUUAUGACUUUAAAAACUAUGGUUGUUGUCACGGCAAGGGUGCAUAAUUUAUUAUUGCACUAUGGAAUAUUGUCCUUUAAUGUUAAAAGGGGUUAAUUUGAUUGUAUGGAAGGUCAGAAGGUUUAAAUUGCAUAGGAAUGAGAAAAGUGAUUAAUCAAAUGCUCUGCAAGGUGUGAGAUUCUACACUUGAAAAGCCUGACUGUCUGGCUUCAGCCAUAUGGCUUGUACUUCUUGAUUGAUGCAUCAAUCUCUUUAAUAUGUUAAUGGCCAUUAGCCUUGUUCCAGUAUUAUAUCCAAAAGAAAAAACAUUAAUAUUUACCCACAGAAUAAUAAUUAAGCCUUAUUUUUGCUAUAUUUGGAGUGUGACAAGCGCCAUCUUCUAAACAAGCCUGAACAUGUUUGGCAUAACCAUCAUGUGAUGACCACUAUAUUGGGUCGCAAGUAAGUAUGGAAAAAUAAUAACAAGUUUGUAGAUGCAAUUACUGUUUCUGUGGCAGGUACAUAAGAGAAGAUAGAACCAAAUGUUUCCAUUUGGAUUGAUGUGGAUUUGGACACAAGGGUGUGGUCACUUAGUGUCUCUAUAGAUAAGCCUUAAUUCCACCUCUGGGUAAUCCACAGGGUAUAUCUCUAAUGAUAAUGGCACCCCAUUUAUAAAUUGUCUUGGUGGUGGCAGCGUUAAAAAUAGUAAUAUUUAUAUUAUUAUGCUUAAGUGUGGGUGGUGUUAAGGGGGAUUUUAUCAUUAUUUCUGGUCUAGUGCAGACAAAUAGUGAACUUUAACCCUUUCACCACCACAACUACGUCACGCACACUCUUCAAGUAGGGUGUGUUUGUGACAGUUGUUAUAUCAGUGCUCUAUGUUUAAACAAGCAUUCCUCCAUAAUAGAAUUGUUGUGGGCACUUCUGUACCCAGUGCAGUAAUUAUGUGCACAGCACCCAAUACAUUACUUAUGUUAGUAGCAGGGUUAGGUGGACUUGGGAUUGGAGGUUUAGGGUAGUGGUGUUUUGCUUUCUAAGAAUCGUGGGCGUUAUGUACAAUGAUUGCAUGUCAUUACAGUGGAUAAGAUGGAUUUACUGUUAGGUGGCUUAGGUUUGUUUGCCUAGUUUCUGAGUUACAAUACAUAGUGUUUUGAAGACAGAUAAAUAUUCUAUAAGUAUAUACUAAAUGCUCAAAGAAUAGCCUGCAGCAGAAAGUAAAAUAAGGCUAGACAAUAUUGGAAGGCUAAAAAUAAGAAGAAAAAAGUGUAUUAAGAAGUAAACACUACCUGUUGGUGAAAAACAAUUAAAAAGGCAACAGUUCUGAAACCCUGUGCAAAUCAAAUCCUUACCCUAUAAUUUUAAUUCCUUACUCAUAUAUAAGGACUUAAAGCGGCACUGUCAUGCCAAACUUACCUUUCUUCAAUCGAUUCAUCUUCUCUCCCUCUGUCAGGAUCUGUUCUUCAUUUCUUCCUGUCUGCUCUAGUUUUCUUUAAAACGUAAGACGAAGUAGGGACUACUUUGUCUUAUGACGGUUUCCUAUGCCUGACCAUCUAUGACCAGUGGAGGAACAAAGUAUGCUCCAUUUCUGGUGGUCAGAACAAUUUUCCCACAAUUCUCACCUUUCCUCUGUGAUCUUGCGAAGCUUCCUGUCAGUAUUCCCGAACGUCCUGUCGCUUAGACAGAACGCUGGCGAAACUACCGAAUUUCGUCCUAACAGAAUGAGAACAGUUUGUUCAUUCAUGUUAAGAUGCAAUUCAGGACAUUGUUUAUAUCGGAAUUUAAUUCUAAUGAAUGAAACUCCGAUCCUAUUCAUGCCGCGGCUGCAUCUUGCAAUCGCUUAGUAGAUAGCUCCCUAAUUCCCACGGUAUUAGGGAGCUAUCUACCAAAAUAUUGAAACAUCUAAAUUGGUCUUUUAGCCAAAUGUAGUAAUACUAAGUAAAGAUUACUUAGUAUUAGUAAAUUCUGCCCCUAGUCGCUAUACCGUGAGUAGGGGCAUGUCUAGUAAACAGUGAGCAGCCAUCCACGGCUCAGGGGUGGGGGCCGCGAAGGAGGACAAUAGGUCCCCCCCUUAUUGUUAUUUAGGGCCCCCACCUGCCGCUCAGGGGUGGGGGCCAGGGGGUGGACAAUAGGUCCCCCCCUACAUUUUCAUUUAGGUCCCCCAUUCAGUUUAAUAGCCCGCACAUGCACUGCACGGGUGGGGGACCUAAAUGAAAAUGUAGGGGGGACCUAUUGUCCGCCCCUACAAAUAAUGUAAUUUACGUGCUACCCAUUGUGAAGUAAGAAUUUAAAAAUAAGGUUUAUCUCAAAAAUAAAAUACACCAGAGCUGCAAGAUUUUUUUUAUGCUCUUUUUAUUAUAAUUUAAAAGCAGAACUAAACAUGCAAACCCAUUUCUGUUUUUUCAGGCCUUUGAUGAUGUUGACACAGAAAAUCAGCAAAGUGGCCUUUGAAUUUCACGAUGGUAAAACAUCUGCAGUUCUGUGUGAAUGACAUAAUGCUUAGAGAGGAAGGGGAGAACCAUAGAUUUGAUGUUGCUAUUAUCACAUACCUGAUAUAUAUAUAUACUAAAUAGUGAUAAACUAAAUAUCAGAUUGCUACAUAUUUUCAGUAUAUAUCAAAAUAAAUGGUGUUCUUCAUUUUAGCUAUUUUUUUGCAAAAUGGGAUCUUUGGGGAAGAUUUUACUUUGAUUUUUAUUCCACUAGAAUCUGAUGUUUAGUUUUGCUCAUAAACUUGAUUUUGCAUUGCAAAUGAAGGCAGCUACAGCAAGAGGAAAUUGACAUGGUAGGCUCCUUUUUUUUAACACCAAACCCAACCUUGUGAUAAUUCGCUUUAAAAUAUUUAUUUGAAUGGAUUAUUAAAAUGGAUUAAUAGAAAUAUCACUGUAUAUACGGAAAUCAUGAAACAGAACCUGAAAUGUUGUGAGGUCAUUUGCAGAACCUUGAUAUAAACAUGCAGCUACCAUACGAAGGUCUUUAUUCAAGGAGCUUGCCAAUUUACGCAUUAAUUUGCCCACAUAAACGUUUUUUAAAAUAUUAAGAAUUAUCCCCAUUACAGUGCAAAUGUAAAAAUAAUCUAUUAUACACAUUAUAAUGUGAAAUCGGUGUAGCGCUAUAUACAUACAUAUAGUAGGGUUGAGCCUAAUAGAAUAGUCAGGCUUCCAAAUGAGGGCAAUUCCAAUAUCUUAUAUAGUCCACCUAAAAUAAGCAAAAAGAACUCUAAUAGUGUAACACUGUAAAUAAAAAUGAUAGUGAGAGUCAAAUAAAAUAACAAACUCACAUUCUUCUGAGCUAAAUGCCAAGCUCAGGAAUAAGUGCGUGUAGGUCCGUACAGGCGACCUUCCCCUUCUUCUUAUCUGAUGUUUAUCCGUGUAUGAUACCCGAUCACAUGACUGAGAGGGAUGAUGUCAUAUGAGGAAGUGAUCCGGAUGUAAACAGAGGCGUGGAACGCAUAUACUGAUCGGGCGUGUACCGAACAAGCGCGCCUUUUUCAAAUGACAGAACAACAGAAGAAGGAAACUAUAUAAGCAGGACCAUUGCACUUUAGGAAGACCUAUUGAAUCCAGCUGAGGAAGCCGUCGGAGUUACGGUGAAACGCGUUCUGGAAAGAAGUGUACGAUAUUGUUAUGCCCAUUUGUUAUUUAUUUGUUUAUUUUACAUUUUUCUGCGCUUUGUAUUUUGGCGUUUUAAUUUACUAUAGAGGGUUUUUCUAUACCCUUGUAAUGUAAUAAAUUAUAUAUAUACUUUUUAAUUAUUAUAUGGGCUUUUUCUGGUUCCUGCUUUGAAAAGUUCUACAUUUUAUUCAACGCGCAGAGACAGAGCCGAUAUAGAGGCUCCAUUUUUGUGAGUAUACUAUAGACUUUAAGUAGUAAUAUUGUAUACAGACAUUCUACACUAUAUAUCUGUUUCACUUGAGUCCUAGAGACGAUCUGAGAUAAACAUCAGAUAAGAAGAAGGGGAAGGUCGCCUGUACGGACCUACACGCACUUAUUCCUGAGCUUGGCAUUUAGCUCAGAAGAAUGUGAGUUUGUUAUUUUAUUUGACUCUCACUAUCAUUUUUAUUUACAGUGUUACACUAUUAGAGUUCUUUUUGCUUAUUUUAGGUGGACUAUAUAAGAUAUUGGAAUUGCCCUCAUUUGGAAGCCUGACUAUUCUAUUAGGCUCAACCCUACUAUAUGUAUGUAUAUAGCGCUACACCGAUUUCACAUUGUUUUUACCUUUUUCCUAUAUUUAUGUAAAUAAGAAAGAUUACAUCUAGGUGUUACAGCAGCUUGGUCUAAAUAUAACAUUUUUUGUUAGACUGUUUAAUUUAAUUAUAGCGCCAGUGCAUUACUUGUAUUUUUAUUAUACACAUUAUGAUGACAAAUAUCUUCAUUAUUGUGAAUGUGAACAGGAAAAAUAAAUAUUUAAGCAGGUCAUUAGAAUAGAGAACAAUAAUAAUAUUACUGUUCAUACAUUUUGAAAAAAAUGGUAUGUUUGGCAGUUCCAUUGUGAAUUAUGUUCCCUUCUUUAUGAUAUAGGCACUGUUCGGACCGACCAAUCGCUUAGCCCUACACAGAAACGUCUUGCUAUACAGUAAGUUUUAGUUAUAAUUUAUGCUGUUGGCUUACCACAAUCUUCUCUUCCAUUUCACAAUAUCUUUUUAUAUUUCUUUCUGUCUUUAGGUCUCAACCACCUCUACUUACAUACCUCAGCUAUACCCUUGGGUUUCUGGGCCUGUUGGCUGGUCCCGUCUGUUCAUUCAAUGAUUACCAGAUAUUCAUUCAUGGUAAUGAAAAAUGGAAGAACCCAGUGGUGAGUGAUUUUUUUUUUGUAUGCAUUAUCACUGUGUUUAUUUGUAUUAUAUAUUCUAUGUCUUAUAGGCAGUACUCGGCAUGACCCAUAUUCACAAGAUAUACUUCAGAGUCUAAUGAGAAAGAUAGGAAAGGAUAAAAGGGAUUUAAACAAUUAUUUUCAGUCCUUAGAGUGACUGAGCUUAAUGGAACAGUUUCAAUGAGGUUUAAAAACAGAACACAGAAAUUCUGGCUGGCAAUGUGAAAAUACAAGCUAUGGUCUGGGUUUCAGAACUAACACAUAAUGAGCAAAGUUAAGGAGUUCAGAGAAUAGAAGACUCAAAAUUUGUGGAAUCAUAUAAUCAAAGCACCAAUGCACUCAGAAACAUAUUUAAGGAUUGCAAGAACCAUGAUAGAGCAAGACCCACUAAGUGAUGCGAGCAUGAUAGCUUCAUCACUUUGGCUUCUCCUGUUUAAUUACGGAGCAAAAUAUCACGGAAAUCAUCUGCAGAACAGAUUCAAUGAGACUGAUGAUGACAAGAAGUCACAAACAAGAUCUGCCAUAACUGGAAAAUGCCUGGAACAAUCCAGCAUCAAUCAGUCUAGAAGUCAAGAAGCUACAAUUUGGGUGGCAUUCAGUGUAGGUACCUUAGCAUGAGAUUGCAGUAGCCCAAAUUUAUACGUAUAGUAUAAAAUUUAUAUUCUAAAAAGGUCCAACAAGUUCAAGUUUUCCAUUUCUGCCAUUGAACAUAAUGAUUAUAAAAGCCAAUUUAUAGUGAUUUCCAACUGUGCUGCAAAAACGUUCAAACCGUUUGAUCUCUAAUUCAGUCAACCCUGCAUAUUAGCUAUCACCAACCUGAAAAUCCUGUUUGACUAAUUGGCAUCAGCUUAUUUUUCUUUAAAGAUAUCUACCAAAUCUGAUAAAACAAACUCUUUAGGCCAAAGGUAGGCAACCUUUGGCACUCCAGAUGUUGCGGAGAAAAUCUACGAAAAUUAUGGCAAAGCAUUAGGGGAACUGUAGUCCAUAACAUCUGGAGUGCCGAAAGUUGCCUACCUCUGCUUUAGGCACAUAGAAUUUCUACUGCUGUAGACAAUACCACCUUUCUUCAAGUCUGAGAUGAUGGCGUUUUGUCAUUUGUGCAGCUUUGUUAAUGCACAGAUCACUAGAGAGCUGAUUUCUGAGCAUUCCAUGCACUAAACAAUAUCUUGACACUGCAUGCUCAAGUACAGUGAUUACCUUUAAAAAAAACUGAUGUUUAAAAAUCAAGUUAAAAACUAUAAAGGACAAUGAUGACCUGACCUGAAUGCACAUUGAGAGAGAAUUUACCUACUUGAGAUUGGAGGAAGUUGUUCAUUUUUUUUUUUUUUUUUGUAAAUCUGUUUUUAUUGAAGAUUUUGACAAUAGAUACAUAUAACAGUAGGGUAUGUCAGGUGGGACACGCAGGUCACCAUCAUAGCAAGAUCAUGAGCAUUACAUUUGUGUGACAUGCGUUCUCGUGAGGUUCUUGGGUGUAGCUAGUGUAUCUCUCUGAGUGUUUUAGCCUGUGGCCUCCACUUUUAGAUUUCCUCAUGACCUUGUUCCACUCCCUUAGGUGUUAUGGAGUUCGUCACCUUUUCACUGGACUAUUUUCAUGCAUUUGCCCAUGUUUUGGACCUAAGGCCCAUCCCAUAUAUAUUUGGAGCUGCGUCAACCCCGAUAGGGUGUGAUCCUAUUCUGACUUGUCGGUUAUGCCCGACCGUUGGCUCUGAUUAGGGUAUAAUUGUCAUCUUCAUUUUAGGUAAGGUGUGAUCAAUAGUGUUGUAGCUGUGUUUAUGAUCAUUGUCACUGCCGCGUUCAAUGUGUUAUGGAUCACAGCUAUUUGUAUUGCGUGUCUUGUAGGGUGUCAAUGAGUCUGUUGAGUGGGCGGGUGUCCUAGGUUGUUUCUCCUUUUUCUCUUGUGAGCGUUGUGGUGGUUGAGUGUUGACAAAGUGUCGUCUAUUUUCCAUGGUGGUGUACUCUCUUCGCUCCUGGUUUAUGGUUGGGUUGGGGGGAAGGUGGCAGAAGGAAAGGAUAGGUAGGGGUUGUUAGUGAGAGUUCCAUGUUACGAGGGGCCCGGGCUCGUCGGCCCUCCACCUCGGCUCCGCAAGCGCCCCCGUCCUGUGAGUAUCAGGUGAUAUAUACAAACCACAGUUGUCACAUUUCCACGUGUUUAGUUUCUCUGCCCGUUAGGGAGGCAUGAAGUACCUCCGCGCUCUGGAUGUCUUGCACUCGCCGGAUCCAUUCUUUUUUCGUUGGGAUGUUGGUUGUUUUCCAGUAGGCCGGUAUUGACGCUUUAGCCGCAUUCAAGAGGUGUUGAAGUAUUGAUUUUUUAUAGCUCGAGAUCGUUUGUUGGGAGAUAAGUAGGAGGGCGAGUUCUGCAGACCAGUCUGGGACAUCCCCCAGCACCAGAGUCACCUCAGUUUUUACCAUGUCCCAAUAUGGGAGUAUGUCGCGGCAUUCCCACCAUAUAUGUAGUAGUGUGCCUCUUUCCUCCUGGCAUUUCCAGCAUGUUGGUGGCACCGCCGGGAAAAUCCGAUGUAUUACGAUUGGUGUUCUAUAGUUGAUAGUUUACCUCUUGGUAGUAGGAGCUCAUGGAGCUUUUAUGUUGCCAUAUCGGAGCUCUAUCCCUUUGUGGCGUAGUGAAUGUCUUACCUAGGGACUCCUCCCAUUGUCUCCGGAAGGUGUUAUUGUUUGUUUGGGUAUCCGUUAUUAGUUGUUGGAAUAGCGUAGAAACCGCAUGGUCCAGUCUGGUUCCUUGUUUGGAGGAAGUUGUUCAUAGCACUAUGAAACAAGGCACUUCAUAACCCAAACUCUUCUUUAAACAAGCUAAAUAUUUAUCAUCAUUUAAAUUCAAUACAAAUCCUCAUAGAUUGUAAGCUCGUUUGAGCUGGGCCUUCUUCAUAUACCCUUUUCUAAUUGUAAAGCACAACAGCACAUGUUGGUGCUAAAUCAAUGCUAAUACUUAUUUUAUAAGAAAUAUAUAAAAUAACUAAUCUUUUUCAAUAUAAGGUUUUAAGGGAUACAAAUAAAGAUCUGUCUGCACCACAUUAGACUACACAUAUCACUGAACAGAUGAUAUGGUAUCACAGGCAUUUUGGAUUAAUAAAGUCAAGCCAAAUGCUCACAUGAUCUCUAGCUGCAUGGAAUUGACCACAUGUCUACGCCUGUAAAAAAUAUGCAUCACAUUUUCCCCUAGCACAGAUACAGCACACAGGACCUCAAUUCCACUCUGCUUGCUGUAUCCUGUCUUAUACCACACCCCUGGCACUUCUAUUUUAGGACAUCAAUGCUCAGACUCCAGCCACACAGUUUUAUUCCAAAAUGUUAUAGUGUUGCUAUAAAUCAGUAAUAGUAAUAGUUUACACCCUAAAUGUUUCUGAACUACAUAUUCCUUUGAUGUUCGUACAGCCUUACAGAUGUCUGAGAAUCAUGGGAAAUGUAGUGCAGACACAUCUGCGGAAAAAGCUUGGCCAUCACCAGGAUGACGUAAUAGCAUUAAGAUCCAAAAAACUAUUAUUCAUAGUCCUGGAAUAUUACUGAUAGUCACCAAACAUUGGGACAUAAUCCAGUAAAAAAUGACCGGAUUCCAACCAGAAUGGCAAUUCUCAGAUUUAUUAAUAUUUACCAAAUAUGUAACAAUAGUCCAGAUGCACUAAAUUUGCCAACCCCCACCUAUGGGUGUUGGCUCCAAAAAAAUAAAUAAUGGGAGAGGGCAUGCCAUUGUCAACCCCCACAAAGAGCAAAUAGUGGCAUGUCUUCCACCCCGGUUGGCUAGCGGUCCCCAAUCCGCUAGCCAUCACCUCAUUAAAAAUAAAGAAUCCUACCUCCCUCUUCACCCUAAUAAUAGUAAGGGAGACAAUAAAACUAAUACCUGUUAAAAAAUUGUACUUACCAUCAGAAGAACACUUUCUUCUAACUUAUUUUCCUUGGCCCCAGAAAAGGCCAAAUUCAAAUACAAAUCCACACACAACUAAAAAAACAAAAACAAAAAAAAACCCUGUUUGCAAAAUUUAAAAAAAAAAAAGAUCAUUUUCACCCCGCAAGGGCAUGAGCUCUCAGGGUGGGAAAAUCAUUUCUAAAGGCUUUCCAAUGGUACGUAAUAUCAGGAGCUUGAAAACUGGUCAAUUAGAGUGCUCUAACAGCCAAAUCUGAAAAGAAGUCUGCCCAUCCCCUAUUAUUGAUUUGAAUGCUCCCCGCCCCAUUAUUUCACAAGCCACUUUCUAUUGGUGAUGCCCAGUCCCUAGUUUUAAAAAGUUUAGCUUAUAUGGCCCCGGCAAGUGGUGGCCAACCUCUACAUAAUUAGCCUUCACACUGCCAAGAGUUACUUAAAGGGAUUCUCCAGUGCCAGGAAACCCUUUUGCAUGACUCCCAAUUCUGUGAAAACCUCACCAAUGAUAUGCACAGAUACUUUAUCGAUAACCAAACACCCGGAAUAACACCGGAGACCCUAUGGCAGGCACACAAGCCAGUUAUCAGGGGAUCCCUCAUAGGCAGAGCGAGCGCACUGAAACGUGAGUCCCAAACAAAAACAAGACACUGGCUAAAAACACUGUAUACUCUCAACAAACAAAAUCAGCUGACACCGACACCAGAAAUUAAACAACAAAUACAGGAGAAAUUAGGGGAAAUUAAGGAACAUGACUUGGCAAAAACAGGUUAUCACCUUAGGAAACUCAAGACCAUGCAAUAUGUACAAGGUAAUAGGGCGAGCAAAUUACUAGCUAGGAGACUGUCACACAAAAUCGCGAACACUAAGAUACCAUUCAUCCAAAAUCACACAGGGGAAAAGAAGGUGACGCCCAAGGACAUUGGGGAUGUCUUUGCGGAUUACUACUCGUCCCUGUAUAAUCUUGGGAAAGACGCUAACACAAGCCAACCAACCAUAGACAAAAUUAAGACAUACCUAGCAGGGGUCUCUCUACCGACACUGACUGAGGAACAAAUAACAAUAGUACAAGAUACUAUCACAGUGGAAGAAGUGUAGGCUAUAUCCCGCCUACCUAACGGGAAAGCCUCAGGCCCAGACGGGUUCCCCAACAAUUACUACAAAAAAUUCGCUCACACUCUAGCCCCACACCUAGCGAACGCAUUCAACGCAAUCACUCUCAAAGCAGAGGCAACGGCAGAGAUGCUGAGCGCACACAUAGUUACGCUGCCCAAACCAGGGAAACCACCCACAUGUAGCCAAAACUUCAGACCAAUCUCACUACUCAACACGGACAUUAAACUGUAUGCAAACAUACAAGCUAAUAGAAUAGCCAACAUAAUCCCGAUGCUAAUUCAUGAUGAUCAGGUGGGCUUUACAAAAGGCAGACAAGGAUCAGACAACACCAGGAAGGUAAUUGACUUGUUGUAUAGCCUGAUCGGAAGAGGGGAGGGGGGGAUACUUUUAUCAUUAGACGCAGAGAAGGCCUUUGACAGGCUCAAUUGGCCUUUUCUGCAGGCAGUACUUGGUAAAUACAAGUUCCCCCAAACCUUAAUUAAUGCCGUCCGAGCACUCUACUCGCACCCCACAGCCAGAGUCCUAAACUCUGGGUUUAUAUCCCAAAAAAUACACAUCACCAAUGGAUCACGACAGGGGUGCCCCUAUCACCGCUACUCUAUAUCCUGGCACUGGAACCCCUGGCAGCGGCCAUUAGAGCCGACCCAGACAUACAAGGAGUACACCUGGGGGAUAACGAAUACAAGCUUAACUUGUUCGCGGAUGAUAUCCUAGUAACGCUAACGCAACCCAUAAUCUCCCUACCAAAGCUGAUGACAAGAAUCCAAGAGUACGGGGCAGUGUCCUAUUACAAGUUAAAUGUCACAAAAACCCAAGCCCAAGAAUAAAAUUAGGGGGCAAUCUCGCAAACAGACUGGAGAGGGCAUUCCCCCUAGACUGGAGACAUGACUACUUAACGUUCUUGGGUCUCAAAAUAACCAAGAACCCAGCCCACUUGUUCCGACACAACUAUGCCCGAAUGGUGAAAGAAUUUUCAGACACCCUACACAUGUGGAGGGGUAGGUACCUAUCGUGGCUGGGCCGCGUAGCAGUAGUCAAAAUGUCACUCAUCCCCAAGAUACAAUACCUUUUCCGUACGCUCCAAAUACCCAUAACAAAACAAUACCUGAAAAACAUGCAACACACUAUCAAUUCAUUAAUUUGGGAGGGAAAAAAAGCGAGAGUAGCAGCGGGGACGCUACAUCGAUCAGUAAAAAAUGGAGGAUUAGGCUUACCCAACCUAACAGCAUACCACAGGGCAGGCUACCUAUAUAACAUCACCCAAAUCAACCGGCUUACAGACGUCCCACAGUGGGUGACGAUUGAAGCUAGCAAAGCACCACAAAGUGACCUACGGUCACUAAUGUGGAAACAGACAGACAACAACCGGGGGCUGGACGAUCUCCUACCAACUACCAAAACCAUACUGAGAGUAUGGAACAAAAUGAAACACGAAUUAGUGUCAAGACUGACAUUACCCCUAGCAAUGCCAAUGCGCACUAUUGGACUGGAGAUCCCUACCUUCCCUUGGGACAUGUGGGUGAAGGGUGGUAUACACCACAUGUACCAAGUUAUAGACAGGGAUCGAAUACUACCAUUCCCAGAUAUACAGGAUAGACACAACCUGCCCACUAGAGCAAUAUUCUCCUAUCUCCAGCUCAAAUCUUAUGUAUUAGACAAAUCAGGGAAACAAACGGACGCCACCGCUACGACACACAUGACAGAAUUCGAAAAACAAUGCACGGGAAUCACACCACUCAAGAAAAUAAUGUCAUGGGGAUAUCAGAAACUACUAGCACAACAAUCAAACACACUAGGAAAGAUAAAGCUGUCGUGGCAGCGGGAUAUAGGCAGAACAAUAACAGAUAGGGAAUGGGAGAGAGCAUACAUGGCCCAUAAGGGACUCACAGCAUGUGCUACACACCUGGAACUACAGCGCAAAAAUUUACACGUCUGGUGGACAUGCACUCAGACCAUUUUGGGAAGGGGUAGCAAAUAUACCGCAGAAGAUUCUGCCGGCCCCAAGGGUAGAUGAACCACAGGUGUGUCUCUUAUUUAUCAUACCAGAAAAAAUACCAAAACAAAUCAAGCUGAUAAUAUACCACACACUAAUCUCAGCUAAUCUAGUGAUAUCUAGACACUGGAAAAAAACAAUGACCCCACCUAUAGAGGAGCUCGUAAAGCAGGUAGACCAAAACUGGGCUUACGAAAGAAUGGCCAACACGCAAUUCGGAGCACGAAAAGGAGUACUGGAGGCAAACGACCUGUGGGCAAAACAUAUUAUAGCUCACCCACCAUAACACAUAACCACAACUACUCCAACGUGACCAAUGGCCCCCCCAAAAAAAAAAAUAGUUUAAAGAGGCACCACGAGGAGUGCCAACAGGCAAAGACACAACACACAAGCAAAGCAUACCAAACCCAAGAUAGGACACUCAGAGGUAGCCAAACUACGAAACACCAACAAACCUAACGGCGGGAGGGAACUGAAAUGCACGACAAGGGCACACAGCAGAACCAAACAUUUGCACAAGUGCCCCCCAUCCCAUGACGAACCUACACACAAAGGAACCCCACAGAGACAAUUAGACACAAACAAAGAACUGCACACAACCUAACGCCUUAACUAUACUAAAACCGACAAAAGGGAACCGAUCAACAACAUACCAUGUACUUGUAAAUUGUAAAUGGAAAGCUUCUGUAAAACAUCAAUGUCUCUCUGGAAGCAAGGAAACCCGUGUUACGCAUAUAUGUAGAUGUUUAUCCAUGCUGUACAUGUAUGUAUAUGAUUACACAUAGCUAUUGUCUGUGUAUUUAGCUUGCAACAUGCCCCCCCCCCCUUUUUUCCUUGUUCUGUAUCCCCAUGUUUUCGACCUAUGUCAAAAUAAAAAUUGUCAUUUGCAAAAAAAAAAAAACCUGAAGGACCUGGCACCCAGACCACUUUAUUGAGCUGAAGUGGUCUGGGUGACUAUAGUGUCCCUUUAAAUAGCAUGAACAGUGCCAGGAUUUUGCAUUCCUUUCCAUAAAGUGCACUCAAUCCCAUCACUCUGAGCCAGGAUUAGCACCAGGUCCCAGAUACCAUAUACAGGAAACCAGAGAGGUUCAGGCACGCCAAGGUUCAAGAAGGCAAUUUAUUCAAACCCACACUGUCACACUGCAACGUUUCGACCUACAAGGUCUUUGUCAAGCUUGACAAAGACCUCGGCGGUCGAGACCUUGCGGUGUGAAAUUGGGUUUGAAUAGAUUGCCUUCUUGAACCUUGGAGUGCCUGAACCCCUCUUUGUUUUCUGUAUAAGAUUUUGCCUUCCGACUGGAUAUGAUGCAGUUGCAUGGUUUUGCCUCAUUUGGUACAAAGUAACAUGGACUAUAGUGAAUAACUCCAAUAGUGUUGAACAUUUAUGAAACAGCCCAUUUGUAUGGAAAAGCCUACUGUUUUUACCACCGCUACAUUUUGUUAUCUGUUGCAAGCAGGAGCACUGUAGGAAAUUAACCAGCCCUUGUUUUUCAGUAAUACAAGCUUGAGUAACUAUUUGACAUACUCAAAUAAUCAUUGCAACAUGUUCCCCUUGCACUGAAAUGCUCAGUUUCAAUUGCCUGACAUAAUUUUGCCCAGAUUAAGAAUGUGUGCGUGGUGUGUGUGGACAAUGCCUCUGCUUAUCACAGCACACAGCCCAGCUCACUAAACAAUUAAUUGGGUUGUGUGUAAAUGAAUAGUACCAGCAUGGUGCUGAGUAGAAUGACUUUUGGGGGACAAACUUCUUAUCUAAUAAACUCUUGCAGUACAUACAUUAAUGGGAUAAAAAUAUACCCCAGCCAGAGACACUCCUAAUUGGAGCAUCACUCCAUGAUAAGGGAGAAAUCUGGUUGUAGCUGCAUCUACAGGGAACUUGGAAAAGGUAGUCAUUUUUAUUUUAUUUGAACUAUUUUUUUAAAUUGUCAUAUUACUUGUUAAAUACAUUAGCUUUAUAAUGCUUUAUAAUUUAUGUAAAAAAAAAAAUAGUGGUUAAUAGCAACACCAUAGCUUCCCUUUAACAAUGUCAGUGUCAAUAAAAAUGCAGAAUUACACAAGAUAUGCACAUGUCUAACUCAUGUGUGCAUUUAGGUGAAGAAAAAGAGGAAAUUCCCUUUCUUUUUUUUUUCUCCCUAAUACAACCAGACUACCGGCAAACACUGACAUUGCACAUAUAUCCUGUGUCUAUUAAUUUUCUGGCACAUGUUCAGUGAUGCACGAGAUUCAGGAAACAAGCAUUUUCCGGUAGAGAAUGUAUACUUUGAUUGCAUACACAGGUACCUACUUUAACGAAGUUUGUUACGUCUAAGAAUGGCAUUUAGGUACCUAUAGUAACCAUCAUAUUGCAAGAGCACAUUUUAACUAUAAAGGAAAUUGUAACAACAACAGAAAUACAUAUUUAAAACAAAUUCAGCAAAACAGUUUUAUAAAUAGUGUCGAGACGCAACAGAAACUAAAGUUGCAGUGUCUAUAAGGAAGGAGGGGACAGAAAGGGUAAACGAGCUGAAACACUGUAACUGGAGUAAUAAAAUGUUUAAUAAUAAUUGUAGAUUAUGCUAACGUAGUGUACUAAUAAGCUUUAUUUUAGUAAUGACAGGAGGCGAGUAUUUUGCAUUGACAUUCUUUACUUAAACCUCCAGCAGCAAGUCAAUCAAACUUUUUAAAUCAAUCAAAAAACAACAGUCAUGACAGAUAUAAGGUAGGACAGCCCUCAAUUCUUCCUCUUUCUUUGGUGUGAAUGUAGAUAGUCCCUUUAACUGGAAACAGAAAACUGUAGAAACUUGAGAAUCCUGACAACUCCGAACUGUAACCAUUGUGAGAGGAAAGUACCUUCAGCUUGUAGUUGAUGGAAGUAUUCAUACUGAAAAGAAGAAGAAAUAAGUGAAUGGUAUUGGUAGUGACCCUGAUUCCACAUCUCACUCUUGUCCAUAACUACAUCUUAUAGUGUUUAUAAAUUGACUACUUUGAAAACUCAAAUGAAAGUAUCUUCAGGACUCUUUGGUGAAGAGAGUUUUUCGUCAUCGAUCAGGGCCUCGCAGUCCGUAGUGGUGUCUGCAUCUGGUUCAGUAGGGUGUGGAACUCAAUGAUGUAACCCUGAAUGCGUCUGACGAUAGUUUUUAAAAGUCCUGUAAACCUGCAUGCAGUUAGUAUAGAGACUUUUGUAUGGACUCACCUGUGCCUCGACCUCUGCCUCGGUAGCCUCUGGUUCUGUUUGUGCCCCGGUAGUAGGAGGAGGCCCGGAAGUGGAUGUAGGGUAGAAGGCAGAAGAUGGUGGGUUAGGUAUGGAGCCUGCAUUCCAAAUUCGGCUGGUGGUUCGGCUCCGCUGCUGACCAGCCCUCCCAAAAACACCACCUCCUGGUGUUGGGCCUUAAUGAAGGUGGUAAACAAUGAAACAUGUUUCUUGAGCUCUGAUAUGAAUGUGUCCCCAAAACGCUCACUGUUGGUUAAAGAUCCCAGUUCUGUAUGGGCCAUAUUCAUCAGUUUCGAGUUGAUUCUUAACAGUGCAGUCCUUUCUCUUUCAGUGCACAAUGCUGCGUUGGCGUUCCCCAGCAUGCAGAUCCUCGGUUGGACCCAUUCCCUGAUGGUGUUGGGGUCUAGCUAUGUACCCUGUGACAGCACCAGGUCCACGAAAUAUAUGAUCUUGACGAUGGGGCAAAGUAGAUCCAGCAGCUUGUCCUGAGAGGCUUUUAGGCCCUUCUCGAUCCCUUUUCGUGGGUCGCGUCCCAUCCGGGACAUGAAAACUACCACCGUCUGACCACAAUCGGCGGUAAACACUUAGGGGUUAUGUCUGGCAGCAUGGGAUGUGGCAUUCUGCCCUAUGACGUGCACGUACCACCUGGUCUAAUGGCUUGGGCAUCCAGAAAUGUACAAACUUGGCCAGGUGGGUUGGCAGGGUCCACUCCGAGGAUCGUGGGUUGCGGAUGGUCCAUGGAUCAAAUAGAGGGCAACCUUGAGUGUCUAAGAACAGCUCUACGCCUUCCAAUGUGAACGAUCCCUGUGUAUCUUGCGAGAAGGCGUCCUCCGCAAAGGAUUCCUUAACAUAUUUUGAUUCCGAGUAUGGAACAUCUUGCCAACCACCUUCGUCAUCCGAAUCAGAGGCAUCUGCCUGCCAUUCGUCGAUGAUGUCAAGAUUCUGGAGGUAGGCUUAAUCCUCCUCCGAGUAAACUACUGGUGGGGGUAGUUAUUGUCUAGCCGUAUGUUUGCUACAUUUAGCAGGUGCCUUUCCUUUCGUCCAAGCGUGUGAUACAGUGAGUCCAGCUCAUUGACAUUUUGGAAGGGAUAGGGGGUCCUUAGAGGGAACCUCAGAGCCCAUAGUGUCAUCCGCGUCUUGUGGUUUUGGCCCCAUAGUUCGAGUGGAUAAGUCAGAUGGAAGAGCCUGGUAUAUAGGUUUAUGCCAACACCUCUAUGUGUGCUCUGUGAGGGUUCAGACACCGGUCAUAUUGAGCGGUUUAUUAUAGAAGGGAUGAUACCUUUGUAAAUUAUGGGGAGGCAUUAAGAGACUCCAAUAGCCAAAGUCCCCAGUGGGGAGGUACCGUAUAUACGUGGGUGUAUUGCAGUCCUGGUAAUGCCUCAUGUAUUUACUUCCAGGAGCGCAGUUUGGUAGGUACCGCAGUCAGGGUUUUACCCCUAUCGCCCAUAAGGUCAAGAGUGAAUCUGCAGGGCAUUUGGGUUUACCACUUUAAGAAACAGGUGUCUUACCCCUAGGUGCAGCUGUAGCAAGCAGUCUGCACACCGGGCAUAUCCAGCACAUAUACAAAAUUACUAUCAGGUUGUAGUCUUGGCAUGAAUUGUAAGCAUCAAAAACAAGUACCAGUUGUAUAGAGGUUAAUCCUUGUAAUAAAUCUUGUCAACGUACAGUAAUUGUUCCUACAGCAUGAAAUUAUACAUAGAUAGAAAUCAUUGCAGCAUAAAACUUAAAAAUUGGCUGUAAAUUCACCUUGAAUGAAGGUUCUGUGUGCCUGAAUGUGAGCUGUAGGAGGUAUCUCCACUUGCGGUAAGCUGCAGGCCAUGAUUACCGAGCGCAUUUAAUGAAAAAACAAAAUUGCCGCCGUGAAUCUCGCGAGAUCCAAGAUGGCCGCCGCGCACGAGGAUCCGGCGGGAAAAACUCCCACAGGUCAGAGAAUGAGUGCCGCGAUAGAGAAGCCCUGACAGCCCUAGGAAUUAAUGUGUUAGCCACAGAGACCCCCAAAAGCCCGAAAACAUUGCGGCCGAGACCAAAGUAUACAGUAUACAGAUGGAGAAAAGUGAGAGGCCAGGGAGCCACAGCAAAUAGGUGUAGGGUGACAGGAAAGGUACAAACACGAUAUAACGUUGUUAGAUAGGAAGUACAGGGAGCACAAGCCAAUAGAAUAGGUUAAGCAACCCUAAAGAGACCGUGGUAAAAUAAAUUACAGUACAUAAAACAGUCAAAUUAGGAUUAUAAAAGAGUGUCCAGCUAAGAAACAUAUACUCUGACCUGUUCCUGCAGGAGCACCAAAGAAAGAGGAAGGAUUGGGGGCUGUUGAACCUUAUAUCUUUUAUGAUUGUUGUUUUCUGAUUGGUUUAAAAAGUUUGAUUGACUUGUUGCUGCUGGAGUUUUAAGUAAAGAAAGUCAAUACAAAAUAUUAAGCCUCCUGUCAUGUGGUAAAAUUAUUGAUAUGUAUGUUUUGAGUGCUACUGCCAUGUAUGACACCAGUGUACAAAUAUUACACCUUAUUUAAAGGGACACUAUAGUCACCAGAACAACUACAGCUUAUUGAAUUUGUUCUGGUGGGUAGAAUCAUUACCUUCAGGCUUUUUGCUGUAAACACUUUUCAGAGAAAAUGCAGUGUUUACAUUACAGCCUAGUGAUAACUUCACUGGACACUACUUAGAUGGCUGUUAGAGAUCCUUCCUGCGUCAUGGCUGCCUAAAUGCAUCCAAACAUUCAGUGUCUCCUCCAUCUGCAUGCAGACACUGAACUUUCCUCAUAGAGAUUCAUUGAUUCAAUUCAUUUCUUUGAGGAGAUGCUGACUGGCCAGGGUUGUGUUUGAAUCAUGCUGGCUCUGCCCCUGAUCUGCCUCUUUUCAGUCUCAGCCAAUCCUAUGGGGAAGCAUUAUGAUUGGAUCAGGCUACCACUUCUGAUGAUGUCAGCAGACUGCUUGUUUUUCUGAGUCAAACAGCAUGCAGAGUUACAGCUUCUAGAUUGAAUACAGUUAGAUGUUGCUAUAUUUAUGAAGGCAUGAGGGGCUCAGGGGGGCUAAAUGGUGGUUUUAACACUAAAGGGCCAGGAAUACACGUUUGUGUUCCUGACCCUAUAGUUAUCCUUUAACCGCACAUCUGUGAGAAUAUUCAUUAACAGGGAGCAGUGAGUUAAUUGCUCAUUUAAAAAAGAUCGGACAAAAAUGCUAACUUUCAUUCCACCUUGCAUUAAUAAACCUUUUUGAUAUGUUUUGAUAUUGUUUGAUACAGUGUGUUUCUGUUCCCCAGGUGGCAGUCUGCAGAAAACUGAUGCUUUGUUCACUCCUUCUUGUUGCUCACCUAACAUUCUCAGAUCGGUUCCUGUUGUUUAAUGAUCCACAACGCUCUGUGAUUGGCACCUUUUUCUACCUCUAUGUUGCUGGAGCCUCAAGAAGACCCAAAUACUAUUUUGCCUGGACCAUGGGUAAGAUAUCAUUGCCUGUCAAAGAGAUGUAAAGAAUUGUACAUCAAAAUGUAGACAUAUGCUGAUACACCUAUUUUUAUUGAGCAGAUACAGCUGUAAUAAGCACAAAUAUACUUUAAUAUACAUAAAAGAGUGACCAUACAAUUAGCUACUAAGGCCUUGAUUUAAUAUUGUUGGACAAGGUUUCAAAAUUAUUAUUUUGGGGGGAUAAAAUUCCCCCAAAAAUGUUUUAAAUAUUAAAAUAAAAAAUAAAAAAUAUAUACUAUCUGCAAUGGAGGGAGCUCACAGUGGGUGUGAGGGAGGAGCAGAUGUAAAAUAUGCACAUAAUUGACCGUAGGCAGCCGAGCCAAAGUUACGGGGGUGCAACUAGCCCUUGGCACACAAUUAACAAUAACUCGGUAUAUGCAGUAUUUCAAGCAGAAACACUGCACAUACAUACUCUUACCAACACGACCAAUUCAAAUCACUGAAGUGGUCAGCAUAAGCCUUUAACCCCUUCCCGACCAAAGACGAAAAUUUUCCGUCAAGCUUGUCCUUGUGAUAAGGACCCUUGACAGAAAAUUUCCGUAAUUUACUAAAGUUAACCCCAGAUUGCGGCGACCACAGGGUUAACGCUCAUCCGGUCUGCCUCGGUAUUCGAGGCAGACCGGGAGCACCUGAUCGCGAUGUCCCUGCAUCCAGUGUGAAGUGUAGGGAGACGGAUCACUGCUGAUCUUCUUUUAACCCCUGAGGUUUAAUUUUUUUUUUUUUUACCCUCAUAAAUAUUUUAAAAUUAUAUAUUUAGUUAGCUGGGGUGGGUGGAAGUUAGUGGGGAAUUUGGUGUUAGGCUAGCUAGGGGUUAACAUUAAAAAAAAAGGUUUUUAAAAAAUCUUUAAAAAGUUUAAAAUUAAAGUUUUUUAAAAAUGUUUUAAUAACGUUUUAAAAAAUCCCACCCCCUUUACCCAGUCCAAAUAAAAAUUAACCCCUUCCCUGCCAGUUGAUCACUGCCUACAGUGAUCAAAAUACAGAUCACAGUAUUAUACUGUGAUCUAAGCUUUUUUUAACACCCGAGGAUUAACUUUUAUUUAUUUUUUAGCCCUCAAGGGUUUAAUUUAUUUAAUUAAAAUAUUUUAAAAUUAUAUAUUUUGCUAGCUGGGGUGGGAGUUAUGCAAAAGUGGGGAAUUUACUGUUAGUGCUGCUAACUGCUACUUAGGGGUUAACGGUAAAAAAAAUUUUGAAAAAAUGUUAACAGUGUAAAAAAGUUAAGAAAGUUUAAAAAAUGUAGUAAGUAAAAAAAAGUUUAAAAUUAGUUUUAAAAAGUAAAAAAAGUUUUAAAAAGUAAAAAAAUACAUUAAAAAAAUGCUCAUUACCACUACACCUGGAACAUACUAGCCAAAAAAUGAUCCCACGCUAAGGUUCAAAAUAUGCCUUUUGAAUAACCCCAGGGUGUAUUCUUUAAUAAAUAGUAUGUGUUUGUGAGGAAGUUUGAAUAACCAGCCGCUAAACUACUCCAAAAUGGAACAUGGACAUACUCGUUUUCCUGGCACUAUAGUGCCCUGAGGGUGCCCCCACCCUCAGGGUCCCACUCCCGCCCGGCUCUGGGCAGAGAAAAGGGGUUAAAACUUACCUUUUUCCAGCGCUGGGCAGGAGCUCUCCUCCUCCGAUCCUCCUCCUCUCCUCCCAUUCGGCUGAAUGCGCACGCGCGGCAAGAGCUGCGCGUGCAUUCAGCCGGUCUCAUAGGAAAGCAUUUACAAUGCUUUCCUAUGGACGCUUGCGUGCUCUCACUGUGAUUUUCACAGUGAGACUCACGCAUGCGCCUCUAGCGGCUGUCAAUGAGACAGCCACUAGAGGAUUUGAGGGCUGGAUUAACCCAUUUAUAAACAUAGCAGUUUCAGAGAAUAAAAAAAAUGGGUUAAUCCUAGAGGGACCUGGCACUCAGACCACUUCAUUAAGCUGAAGUGGUCUGGGUGCCUAGAGUGGUCCUUUAACCCCUUAAGGACCAAACUUCUGGAAUAAAAGGGAAUCAUGACAUGUCACACAUGUCAUGUGUCCUUAAGGGGUUAAAAACCUAAAAAACCUUAAUAACCAAGAAAGCACAGUAAAUAAGAUUGAUUCCAAGAAAACUGCAUAAUAAAUACAAAUUGCACAAUAAAUACAUAUUACAUAACAAAUAAUACAAUAGAAAAACAUUAACAUUUUCCACAGUUUUGUCAGAAUGCUGUAUCUUCUAUUUUUUUAAAUUAUUUAAAGUGACAGUAACAGACCUUAAUAACCAUAACAACUGUAUGUAAGAGAGCAUAAUAAAUACAAUUAUUACCAAACACUAACAUGUUCUAAGAGAAUAUAAAAACCAGCGUAUACGAUAAACAUAUAGACUAUAAAAUCUUUGUGUGUAUAUAUAUAUAUAUAUAUAUGUAUACAUACACACACAUACAUACAUACAUACACACACACACACACACAUAUAUAUAUAUAUAUAUAUAUACAUACACACACACAUAUGACCUACUCAGGAAAAUAUAAAAACAUAAUUAAUAAAAUUAAUAAAGAGAACAUUCUUAAACUUAUAAAAAGUUGAAAAGAUCAAAUUCUAUAUUGAGUCCUCUUGGCUCGAGAGUAUCCAGCUUCUAAACCCAUCUCAUCUCCUCUUUCCCUAUAUCAUUAAUGUGGUUUCCUCCUCGCCAGGACUUAUUAACUAUUUUUAUCCCUAGAAAAGUCAAACCUUCUGGGUUUUGAUUGUGGUACUUUUUAAAAUGGGCAGACACACUGUGAUUUUUAUAACCCUUUCGAAUAUUAUUUACGUGCUCGUAGAUUCUUUUAUGCAAGGGACGGAUUGUGCGACCCACAUAUUGCAGACCGCACGGACAAAUGAAAAGAUAGAUGACAUUCUUACUACAACAAGUGAUAAAAUCUUUUAUAAUAAACUCUUCAUCCUUGUAUUUUGUCCUAAACCUACUAAUACCUUUAAGGGUCCUAUUCUUACUACAUUUGCAGCCCAUACAUAAACCACAUGAAUAAAAACCAUUCCUUUCAUUUAAAAAAGUUUUCUUUGUUUCUCUUUUUGGAUGAUUAAAACUCAACAUCUGUUUAAAAUUUGGUGCUCCUCUAAAAGUAAUAAAAGGUUUAUCAGGGAGAAGUUUGCAUAGUUCAUUAUCUUUUUUUAAAAUAUGCCAAUGCUUUCUAACUAUUGAUUUAAUUUUAUUGCAAUCUAUAUUAUAAUCGAAUACCAAAGGGAUUUUUUUAUUUUUGUCACUUGCAUUCCUUUUCAUAUCCACAAUUAAAUCAUCCUGAGCUUGUUUUAAAGCUUCCUCAUUUGACUCCUCUAUAAGUUCAGUGGGAUACUUUUUUUCCAAAAACUUCUCCUUAAGAAUAUCUGCUUGAUUUUUAAAGACCUCCACUUCUGUACAGUUUCUUCUAAUUCUUCUAAAUUAUCCUUUUGGAAUAUUAUUAAGCCAAGUCGUGUAAUGUCCGCUAUUGUACAUUACGUAGCUAUUGGCAUCUACUUUUUUAAAAUAAUUCUUAGUUUUUAAAACACCAUUUUCCACAUAAAUAUUCAAAUCUAAAAAGUUAAUACUGGAGGUACUAAAAUCACUAGUUAGGCAUAUUCUCCAUUCAUUAGUAUUUAAAUUACCUAGAAAAUUGUUUAAAGCAACUUCUGAACCCUUCCAUUUAAAAAACAAGUCAUCUAUAUAUCUACAGUAGGAGACCAGGUUUGUCCCCCAUGCCUGGCUGGCAUAUAUAUACUUUCUCUCCCAACCUGCCAUAUAUAAAUUUGCAUAACUAGGGGCAAACCUGGUCCCCAUAGCUGUACCCUGACAUUGCAGAUAAAAUUUGUUAUUAAAUAAAAAAUAAUUAUUAUUUAAAAUCCAUUUAAUACUAUCUACUAAAAAAUCUACAUGUUCAUCCAAUAAAUCUUUAGACUCCAUCAAUGUGUCAUAUAUCACUUUGCUUCCUAAAAAAUGAGGAAUGGAAGUAUAUAGCGAGGAGACAUCACUAGUCACCAGGAUAUAUGACUUUUCCCACUUGAUAUUUUUUAUCUUUCUAAUUACAUCAGUAGUGUCUCUCACAUAUGAAGGCAUUACUUUCACCAGCUCUUGUAGCCAUAUAUCUACAUAUUUAGAGAGGUUGGCAGAUACAGACCCUAUCCCUGAGACAAUAGGUCUGCCGGGGGGGUGUUUGGCGUCUUUAUGUACCUUGGGAAGGGUAUAGAAAGUAGGUAUUCUAGGAUAUUCUUGCAGUAAAAAUGUAUAUUCAUUAUCAUUAAGAACACCACUUUCCUUCCCCUUAUCCAAAAGUAAUAUGAGAGAUUUUUUCAUAUCUUCAGUGGGAUCACUAUUUAAUUCGCUAUAUACUUUUUUGUCCCUUAAUUGUUUAAGACAUUCUGCUACAUAAUCCUCUGUAUCCUGUAUAACUAUACUACCACCCUUAUCUGCUGGCUUUAUUACAAUUUCUCUAUUAUUCCUUAAAUCUUGUAAAGCUUUCCAUUCUAUACUAUUUAAAUUAUUUCUAUUAUAUCUACUGGUAUUUUGCUCUAAACUUUUAAAAUCCUCAACCAUCACUUUCUCGAAUAUAUCAAUGGCACUUGAUUUAUAUGCUCUCGGGUAGAAGUUAGACUUAGCCAUUAGAUCAGUAUGAUUCAACUCAAUCCUCUUAUCUUGACAUUUCUGAAUUUCAAAAAACCUUUUUAAUAUCAAAGUUCUGGAAUAUUUAAGAAUAUCUAUGUAUGCAGAGAAGGAGUUAAACUUCCUAACGGGUGCGAACUUCAAGCCUCUAUUAAGUACAUUCCCCUCUGCUUCUGUUAGUUGAUGCUUUGAUAAAUUGUUUACUCCCUCCAAUUUAGCAUCCUUCCUCUUUUUCCGGUAUUGUAGCCUAACUCCUCCUCUGCAUCCUCUGUAUCCCUGAAUCUCCUUCUUUUUAAGGGAGAGGGAAUCCUGUUCCCUCGUUGUCUGUCUAAAAAAAUCUUCCCUCCUAAGACUAGUAUGCUCUUUUGAAAGAACCUCAAAUCUGUUUUUUAAUUCAAUAUCCUUAUUCCUAUAUGGACGUACAGGACUAGAGUAUGUUGUCCUGUUCCGUUUAAAUUGUGUCCUUGGUUCUACUCUAGUCCAUCUAGUAUGUCUCUCACUCUCAGGAGUUUUCCAAUUUGUUUGGAAUACCUGUGAUUGGUACUAUUAAGUAUCUCUCUUUUUUAUGAAUAUGUGCAUUAGUUUCUUUAAAUUGUUGAUUUUUCUCCUCAUUUCUUUUCUUAUGGUUAUUGUUUCAAAAACUUCUUACUUGAUUACAUCUAUAGUCAUUCAAGUCCCUUUUGUACUUUUUAAAUUUCACAGUUUUUACUUGUUCUUCCAGUUUUCCUAAUUUUCCUUUGGUCUUAUUACUUAAUUCUUCAUAUUCCUUAGUGCCAACUGUUGGUUCUAAGGCUUUCUGGAUCUCCCUAACUUCUUUAUCUAAAUCCCCCAAAGCAUCCUUCCUGCAUGAUAUCACGAUACUCAUCAGCUCUUUAGAAAAUCUUUCUAGAGCAUUAUUUCAAACAUCAAUGUAUUUUUGAUUUUUCUCCUCAUUUUCAAAGGUAGGGGAUUUGAAAAAAACGUAGCCCUCUAGGAGUAAUAUUCUCACUCAAACACUGUUCUAGUGUAGCAAUCUCCCAUUUAUAUUUAAUUUCUUUGGAGAGCUUGUUUUCAAGAUUCAUAAAAGUGACUUCUAUGUCAUCUUCUCUAGAACAAAUUGCCUCAUCUUUUUCAGGGGAAUCAACGGAAUUGAAAUUGAAUUGUAUAUUCUUUCUAAAUUCAAAAAUAGACAUAUUUUCUAAAUAGCAGCCUUACUUGCUCUGAGCCAAAGAACCACAAGAUAGAAUAUCAAUAAACAAGUAAAAAAGGCGCUUAAAUUAUAAUAAUAGUGACCUUAUUACACAAAGAAAACAGCACCUAUAUGUGUAUUAGCUCAUGAAACACAAAAUAGAAUACAAACAGAGAAAAAAAUAAGUGCGCUAGAACAAUUUUAUAUAAAGUGCAGAAUUCCUCACAAUAUCAAUAAAGUGAAAAUAGUGCAAAAAACUCAUUCCACUCUUUGAAAAGUGCAGUGUGCAUAUAUAUUCAGAGUGCUUAAUGCAAAAAAAAAAUUUGGAGCUAUCUGAAUUCUAAAUACAUUUUAAAUUUUGUUUUACUAAAACAAUAUUUCACUAUAUAUGGUUUUUGUAUUUUAUUCUCUUUUAUGUAUUAUUUGCAACGGAGAGUCACUUUCAAAUAUGUGAUUAAAGUAAGUGUACUCUAUUGGAUUUUUGUGCACAGAUCACUUUAAAAAAUAUAUUUUAUUUUUUUUGUAAAAUUUUAUUUUAGUCCUUGUAUUUUGUGACCUGUAACUUUCAAAAUAAGCUGAAAUCCUAUACAUAUUAUGUACGCUAUAAAUCAAGACACAUAAAUUAAUUUAUUUUGAAUUACUUUUUCUAAGCUAGACAUAUUAUGCACACGCCAUUAUAAAAAAAAAAAUGUUUUGUUUUUUUCCCAUUUUUACAAAUAAUUAAUGAGAAUUUAUCUGUGUAUAUGUGAAAUAAAAUAAAAGCCCUCUUUGCCCUUUAAAAAAUGGUAUAUAAUAUGUGUUGGUGCCAGUGGCGUACUCACGACCCAUGGCGUUUACUCGGCGCGGGCCGGGGCCGCAACACAUGGCGGCGGGCACCUGGUCGCAGGGCUGCGACCCCUGCGACCGCUGUAUGUACACCAGUGCAUGCAGAUACACACACCCACUUAAAGGACCACUACAGACACCCAGAUCACAUCAGCUCAAUGAAGUGGUCUGGGUGCCAGGUCCCUCUAGUUUUACCCCUGCAGCUGAAAACAUAGUAGUUUCAGAGAAACUGCUAUGUUUCACUGAGGGAUAAUCCAGCAUCUAGUGGCUGUCUCACUGACAGUCGCUAGAGGUGUUUCCGUGAUUCUCACUGUGAAAAUCACAGUGAGAAGACGCUGGACGUCCAUAGGAAAGCAUGUGCAUUCAGAGCUGAGAGGCGGAUCGGGGCAGAGGCAUCCCCAGCGCCAAGGGAGUCCGGCGCUGGAGAAAGGUAAGUGCUGAAGGGGUUUUAAACACACACACACACUCCCACGAACAGACGCAUACACACUAGCUAACAGACACACACAUUUACUGACAGAGAAACACUCAGCAACAUACAUACAUACACACUCACUGACAGAUAGACACACAUACACACUCACUUACAAAACAUACACUCUCACUGACAAACACACACUCACUAACAGACAUCAAACAGACUCACUAACAGACACACAAACUAACACACUCAGUAACAGACACACAAAGUAACACUCACUGACACACACACACUCACUGACACACUGACACUCACUAGCAGACACACAUUCAAUAACAGACACACACAAAAACUAACACACUCACUGACACUCACUAGCAGACACACACAGUAACACACACUGACACAAACACUAACACACACACACUCUAACACUAAUACACAUACACAAACACAUGUUUUUGUUUUGUUUUUUAAAUGUGAUCCUCCAUCCUACCUUUGGGAGUGCUGAGGGGAUUCCCUGGGGUGUUGCUGGGCGGCCGGUCCUGUGGGCGCGCGAGGGAGCACUGAGAUCCUCCUGUUCAGCUCCUGUUCAGCUGGGCAGAGAGCGCUCAGGGGAGAGUGCUCCCUCGCGCGCCCGCAUACACACAGUGGCAGAGGCGCAUACACACACACACACAAACACUGACAGAGGAAUACAUAUGUAUGCCUCUGUCAGUGUGUGUGUGUGCAUGCCUCUGCCAGUGUGUGUGUGUGCCUCUGUCAGUGAGUAUGUGUGUAUGUCUCUGUCAUACACACACAUUUUGUCACACACUCACAAAUGUAAAUUUUUUAUUUUAAUCCUCCCAGCCUUCCUACCUCUGGGAGAGCGAAGUGGAUCUUUCCCUGGGGUGCAUCGAGGUGGUUGGCUGAGGCAGCACGCAAGGGAGCAGUAAUCUGCAGCUCCUCUCUGAUCCCUGUAGUGAUGCCGGGGCCGGAAUGACGUCAUAUUUCAGCUCCUGGCAUCAAUAUACAGCGCGAGGGAGCAUAGAGGAGCUGCAGGGAAAUUAAUGCUCCAUCGUGUGCUGCCUCAGCUGACCACUUUGAUGCACCCCAGGGCGUGCGGCCGGCUACAAUGCCUCCAUGCAGCCCAGGACGGACGGCUACAAUUCUCCCUGAGCUGGCCACCUCCAUGCAGCCCAGGAUGGCUGGCUACAACUCUCCCUGAGCCGCCUGCCUCCAUGCUCCAGUUUGCCCAGCUUUAGGUAAAGGGCUGGCAAACCCCGGGCGCCAGGGCGAAAUUUAUAGUCACCCUAGCAAUCUGGCAUCUGGGAUUUGUCAAGCCCUGUUUUAGUAGAAAAAAAAAAUAUAUAUAUAUAUAUAUAUAUAUAUAUAUAAAUAUAUAUAUAUAUAUAUAUACAUAUACACAUACAUACAUACAUACAUACAUAUUACUCAUUUUAACCCAUACCAUGCUGGUCAAAAUGGUACUAUUGUGAUUAGAGUCUCUGAUCAGACCAUUGACUGAUAAACCUUUUCUGUUAAACUUACGAUCGGUCAGUUAUUUUCUUGUUUUGGGACUCGGUGUAGGGUUCUAUUUGGGUGGAAGUCGAAAUUGGGGGUGGUUGAGGGAGUUGGUGUUAGGCAGGUAGCAGUAAACAAAAACAAAAAAGAUGUCAUGGCCCAUUAUUAUUUAGUAUGUCUUUCUAACACAUGAAACAGAGGCUAGUGAUACCAAAGAUAUAUCUGAUAGUGACUUCAGAAAUAGAGCCUCUAAGUGAGGCUUCUAGUAAUGGUGUUACAGUGUUACUGCAAGAAGAUGUUCAGAACAUUCCACUGUAUCUGAGGAAAACUGAGUACUUUCAAACUAAACUGCCCUUAAAUACCUCCUGGCAUCACAACCGGUGUUGAAACCAUUCAUAAUGGACGGCACAAACAUUUGCAAGCCAACCGAUAUAUUUUACUGCCAAUCCUGGAUCACACCACGGCAAUGUAAACACCUCUGAUCACACUGAAUGAAGAGGUUUUGGGCACUGGUGAUAUUUAUGGAGAGUGUAAAAAAAUAAAUAAAUAAAAUAACCAGCAUUCAUAGUUUCUGGCACAAGCACCUUAUCGAGCUACCCCUCUUUUUCCAUUGAUUAUGAAAAGGAACAGAUAUGGGCAACAUCUCAGUUUCCUACAUUUUAAUGAGAAUGCCCAGUGCCAGGGCUGGCGAGGGAGCUCUGAUCCAUAUGUGUAUUGCCUGCAUAGUUCCCGCAUGCGCUCUAUAGAGGUGAUGGGAGACGAAAUGUGACAUCACAUUGGUCCAGGCAUCCCUACAGGGCACACAAGGGAGUUUCUCAGUCAGAGCAGAGAAGCUCACACUGGACCCCAGGCUGAGAAUCCAAUCCAAUUCUCAUAGAUAGUUAGACUGGAUGAAUCUAAACUCCUGAAAACAAAAAACAUUUUUUGAGCACAUAUGUGAGAAUGUGUAGGUGUGUGAUGUCUGUGAGGAUUUGAUUGUGUCUGUUGUUGUGUGUUUUUCAGUUUGUUUGACUGUGUGUUUAUGAGACCCGACACGAAAAACCCUAUCUGUCACAAUACCACCACAAUACUGCCUCUAUCAGCGCACACUAUGCUUCAUCCCCCACAAUACUGACCCCAUCACUCCACAGUAUAUCCCCAACCCCCACAAUACUACCUCUAUACCACCACAGGAAUGACCCUAUCCUCCCCCCACAGUAAAGCCUCUAUCCCCUACAAUACUGCCCCUACCGCUCCAUACUUAAAGGUCACCCAGACCACUUCAGCUCAAUGAAGUGCUCUGGGUGCCAGGUCCCCCAGGUUUUAACCCUUCAGAUGUAAACAUAGCAGUUUCAGAGAAACUGCUAUGUUUACAUUGCAGGAUUAAUCCAGCCUCUAGUGGCUGUCUUCCUGACAGUAGCUAGAGGCGCUUCCCCGACGCUCAAGGUGAAAAUUGCAUUGAGCACGCAGAACGUCCAUAGGAAAGCAUUGACCAUGCGCAUUCGGCUCCACUCGGGAGCUGACGUCGGAGGGGUAGGAGAGGUCACCAGCGCUGAGGGAGCCCAGAGCUGUAUAAAGGUAAGUGGCUGAAGGGGGUUUAACCCCUUCAGCCCAGCGGGAGGAGGGCACUGAGGGUGGGGGGGACCUAAGGACAGUAUAGUGCCAGGAAAACGCAGUCUCCACCCACUCUGGACCCAAGACCAGGGUCCAGCUUCCAGUAGGUCGACCUCUCCGAAUUCCAGCGAGCAGGAACAGGAACAAGCUCUUAGCAGAGCUUAGUGAUCAUAUCCUGGGGAGUAUAGUGAUUAUAGCAAUCCCCAGAGUGUAGUUCUCCAAUCCCCCAAACAUGAGCCGAAACUUCAUGAAGGUACAAGAUGAUCUGACUCCAAUGAGCGUUUAUUACUCCUUAUAUACAAGUUUUCAGGCCAGGGGCACACCCCCUGGACCUGGUGGUAAACUGUGACAAAAGGGACACAAACCAAUGGGAACACUAAUUAACAUAAUAACACAAUUAAAUCCCUCCUAUCCAUCCUGGAGAUAAUUGGCUUAAGGCACUGCAGUAAACUCAAUUAUCUCCAGGUACAGAAAAUAUCUACAUUUUACAUUAACAAAAAAAAUACGUAAAAGUACAUAAAAAUACAUAAUUCUUAUUAUAUUACACAGAACCCCCACAUUUAUGAGUAAAUUUGUCAUGGGGUAAAGCAUAGCAAGGGCUGUUGAGAAACCAAGGAGGGACAAAAGCAGUCAGUUCCAACUGGUUUGGCAGUGUGCCUGGGACAACGCCCUGCUGGAGAACAAUAGACAGGAAACUGGGGAGGGGAAAAAACACACCUUCCCAUGGAUUCAAAUGGGCAGAAACAGUCUUUAGAAGCCAAUAAGCCCCAAAUAGUCUUUUUAAAUUGCAACACACCUCAGGGCCAUAGUCAUGAGGAAGGAGGCUGGCAAUCAGGCUCCUCCAACAGCCGGGGGCAAAGGGCAGCUUGUCACCUAACAAUCUAGUGACAAAAGGCAUUUCAUCUCAAGUAUCUACACCAUCUACACCAAACAACUGAAAUCACUAGAUUUGGAAUACCCUGUGUGUUGCCUAAUUUUGCAAAUGGCAUGUCAUAACGUGGGUUAUUUUCUUUACUGGGCUGCCAUACUGUCUCAAAGGCCAUUUAGACCCAGAAAAUUAAUUUGACCAUUUCAUGUAUUCAGACUGAAAUGAGCACGUGCCAUAUUUAGCCCUGCAACUACAAAAAAUAAAAAUAAUAAUAAUACCUGUACAUUGUAGGUUAUUCUUGUACUCUUGGGACAUCGCUGAAGAGAAAUAUGGGUAGUGUAUUGCAAUAAAACAUAUAAGGGUGAUCAUGACAUCACCAACAGUGAGAGAACAGUGCUUGUGUGAAAAACGCAAAAUAAAAAUAUGAACACUAUAUUUGGCCAGGUUUUGUGACUAAGUGGCAGUGGCGUACCUAGGGUAUGGCAGAUAUAGCAUGUGUCCUUUGCCAUGGUCUUCACUGAGGCAGUUUGUUUUAUUCUUAGCCCUGCCGCGGACAAGCAGCAUAGAGACUCAGAGGCUGCUAUGUAUGAGCUGAGUUGACACAGUCAGGGACAUGCAAAUAUCUAAUCUGAUGCCUCACUGGAGAUCUUGUACAGCUGGAAAUUCAGUGAGGAAACAGAUGAGAUGUUCGGAUAUACUGGUACUGGACUGACUUUAUAUUGUGCGGUAGGAACAGAGGAGUAUUGAGGGGCGAGGGGCAGAUGGGGGCAAAUGUGGUGGGGAAGCAGGGAGUCUGAUCGUGGUGGGGAAGCAGGGAGUCUAUGUAUAUUUAUUUAUUUUCAGUUUAAAAAUUUUCUUCAUAUCUGUAUAUCUGCUGGCUAUUCUGACACAAAGCAUUGUAGGGUUGCUAUGACAUUGUUACAGGAAAUCUAGAACACAAACUGCUCUAGAACUUGCAUCAGUGAAUUCUGAUUCUGAUACCAAUGUAUUGUUUUCCAUGUGUGAGUAGCAGAUGCCAUAAACAACGCUGCUGGCUUUGGAUUUAAUGGGAUAUCUGAGGACGGAACAGAGAGAUGGGAUUUGCUGUCCAACCUGGAUAUAGUAAAAAUUGAGGUUAGUGAUCAAUUUAAAGAGAUCAGUUUCUAAAUAUGUUAUCCUUUAAUAAUUCUGCCUACUUCUUAAAUUCCUAUUUCUUUCACUCUCUCAGACAGCUACAAGUUUCAAGGUGUUCAUUGACAACUGGAAUAUACAAACAGCGAUUUGGCUAAAAGAGUUAAGUACCAAUUCUAUGGGUUUCUGGAUCCUUCACAAUCUCAGUCAUAAUACCGCUUAUUGACAGGGUUUCUGUUCAAAAUGGCUGCUCUAAAGAUCCCAAUGCUUCAUCCCUAAUAAUUAUUAUUAUUUAAAUAGUGCCAACAGAUUCUGCAGAGCUGUACAAUGGGUAAUAAGACUCUAUCAUUAAUGUGUGGUGUAAGAGAAGUGGUUUCAUGCAUAGUUUAGUAGCCAAAGCUUAAAGGAACACUAUAGGUCAGGAAUACAAACAUGUAUUCCUGACACUAUAGUGUUAAAAAAUCCUGUUAGCCCUUCCGUCCCCCGUAAUAAGGUAGAAAAUUCAAUUUUUUUUAGCAUCGCACGGGCCUGCGGCGCUGGCCCCACCCCAGAUCUGCCUCCUUGGCUGAGAUUGUCAAUUCUGAUGAUCUCAGCCAUGGAGGUGGAAUGGGGGCUGAGCCAAACACAGUGUUGGCCAAUCAGCAUCUUCUCAGAGAGAUGCAUUGAAUAAAUGCAUCUCUAUGAGGAAGAUUCAGCCCCCAGGAAUCACCUAUAGUGGCCAUCUGAGUGACUGCCACUACAGCUAUCCAUAGGGAGCAAUGAAAACACUGUCUUUUUUCUGAAAAGGCAGUAUUUAUAGCAAAAUGCUUGCAGGGCCUGACUAUAUUCCCCAGAGCAACGACAUUAAGCGGUAGUUGUUCUGGUGACUAUAGUGUCCCUUUUAAUACCUAGUUCAUUUACACCUAUUCCAUCAGUCCUAAAGGCAAUUUGCCUAUAAGCUCAUAUACCAACCUGAAAAGUAUGUUUAACACUCCUUUCAUUUGCAGGGUUUGCUAUGACCGGAUCCCAUUUAGCCCGCUGUUUGCCACAUUCAUACUGUCGGCAUUCUGGCAUGGUGUACAUCCUGGAUACUACCUCACUUUCUGCACUGCUAUUCCAGUUUCAUUAGCUGCUCGCAGGGUGAGUAAAGUAUUUGCCAUGGUAGACAUCCUAUGGUAAGAUUCAAUAAUGCUGUCCACAUGCAUACACUGCCACACGUAACAUACUGAAUGUAUGUGUGUGCACAUAUAUUUUAGCUAAAUAAAUCAUAAUGAGUUAAACAAACAAGAUACAACAAUGCAUUCAUUCAUACAAAUGGUUGUAACUAAAGUUUUCUGAUUAUCAGACACACAUGACAAUUUGGGUAACAAGAGAAACAGGUUUGUUUGAAGAAGUAAAGAGUAGCUAGAAAAAUAUCAAGGAAAUACUAGUGUGUGAGAAGGACGGGGUUCCUGGGUAUAGAGCUGUUUUUAUUUAGGGAAUUCUCAUUUUAGCCAAUUACUGAGACAAUUUUAAAUGCCUAUAUUGGAUUAACCACUGAGUGCCCAGACCUUUGCUUCUGAUAUAUCCUGGAUUUGAGGUUGUCCAACUUUGGUCUGUAAACCACCUUGGGAGGAAUCCAACAAAAUACAUGUUCAGCCCUUACAUUUUGUUCAGUCUCUUUAUGACUUAUGGCAUGGCAAUAACUGAACUAAACAAGGAGUUUGGGAUGCAUGGCAUGCAGUCUGUAGUUAUAAAGGAUUAAAUAGCUAAUUAUUUUCUUUUGCUUGGCCAGGUGAGGAGUACUAUACGACCGCUGUUCCAAGGCACAGCGAUGAACAGAGCUGUAUAUGAUGUGUUAACCUGGCUAUGUACGCAGAUAACAAUGAGUUACACUGUGGCUCCCUUUCUUUUGCUUGAACUUGGGCAGUCACUGGAGCUGUACAGGUAAGAAUCACGGGCCCAUUUUUACCUCUGAUAAUUUGGGAGUGGAUCAUUAAUUAAAUAAUUUAAUAAUGUAAAAAGCACACAUCUUUUUUUUUCAAAUAAGUUACUAUGGUUAAUGUGCAAACUGCAAUGAGUGGUUGGUAGUGUUUAAUUGCUUCUGUUACAAACCAGUCAGGGAACAAUAUUCAGUACUGCAUGAAUGCAAAUUGUAGCUAAAGCAGACCACAGAUCAGUUCAGUUCACUGCUGUGUGUAAGAUAAAAGAUUUAUGACCAAGCUAAUUUUCAUUAAAAAACUGUCAUAUCAUUUUUUCUUGCAGAUCUCUCGGCUUCUGUCUACACAUUCUCCCUGUUUUGGUGCUUCUAAUAUUGCCUAAGAAUAGGAAACCACAUAUUGCAGACAAGAACGUCAACAAGACAGUUUGUGACCGAAACUACAACCAUAUGAAGAAGCAAAACUGAAACAAAUCUUGCAUUGUUUAUGAUGCAGAUAUGUAAACUGUCUUUUGUACUGCUUUCUACUGAUCCUUAUUACCAUUCAAACAUCACUCUCUACCAACCAUGGACAAGCCUCAGUCCACAAUAUGUCACCAAACAUUACAGACCUAAAAAAACUUAAAGGUCUCAAUCAGACCUAGGGACAAGAAGUAAGAAGCGACAAAGAAAGAUGUAUCUGUCACCAACCAGACAAUGAUGCCUUUACUGGUGAAAGAUGUAUAUAGCAAUUAUUUAGCUAAUAAUUGUUUAGAUAUUUAUUUUUAACAAUAAUCACAAUAGCACAUAUUUUUAUACUUUACUGUUGGUUUGUGGGGUUUUUUUUGUUCCUUUUUUAAGUAAGCCUGGAGCUUAUCAUGGACAGAUCGUCCACUAGCCAAAUUAAACCAAUUUCCAGAGAAACUGACUAGAUGCCUAUCUUUAAAAAAUAUAUAUAUUUAAAGGAAUGUCCAUCUCUUGACAUUUUUUUAACCAGUAAGCAAACACUUUAAAACAAAUAUACAAACUAAAAUAUAGCAAGAAAAAUUGAAAGUAUGUAAUAAAUGUUUACAAAGGUUCUAUAAACUUGGUCAAAUUGCACUGUUGGGCAUGCCGGUCAGCUAUAAGAGUUUCUUCUAACCCUGUUACCUACCCAUCUCCAGGGCUGGUUUUCCUUGUCAGAUAGGCACAAACUUUUAAGGCUCCCCUGCUACCCAACCAAAAAAAAGGCAUAUAAAUCAAUAUAAUGAAUGUAUUAAGUGGACAUUGCAGGCCUAAAAGCCAUCUAAAAACAAACAUAUUCAUAUUUGACAACUGCAUAUGUAUAAAU